GUUAUGAACUACACUAAAUUCUAAUGUUUACAUAUUCAGCCACUAGGUGGCGACAUAACUCCAGUUUCUAGAAGGUCUCAUUGAUGCUGUGGGAGGUACACGUUAAGGGAGUGACUGAUUGUCAGGGGACCCUUCUCGCCUGUCUUUCUUGCUAGUGGCAAGAGCCCCGUUGUGUUUAUUAUAAAAAUACACACCUGCCCUACAGAUCUCUUGUCAGCUGGAUUUUUUUCCAACCAUUCUUAUUUUCAGCUCAAGUCCAAUAAACUGUUUGUGAUCACCAGCUUUUGAUAAAGAGACCAUCAGUUCCAGAGAGAGGAGUUUGCACGACUUGUGCUUCAUUUAGAAAGUUUGUAUCUGGAAGAACGGUUUGACGUGGAGCUGCUACAAUGUUACUGAGGGAUGGCUUCCUGAUCAUGGCUCCUAAUCAAUGUGGAUGGUAUUAUGCUUCACCUGUGGACUCUUUAUAGUCCCCACCAAGGUUCCAUUUAGAAGAUACCUCAUCCAUCAUCUCUUUUGGGGAAACAAGUGCACAUGUCAAAGGUACUGUAUCAAUGUGUAAUAGUCUUUUGCUUAUAGACUUUAGAGGACCAGGGUGGAGAUGAUCAGUGGUCCUUCACUCUGAUGUCAGAUAGAUUUUCACUUUGCAAGAAGAUUGUGUAAACUACUAGAUGUUGUGAGUUCACACAGGUUGAGUUGCAGCCUGGAAGGGUAUAAUUUACCCCCACCCAAUAUUAUAGAGACAGGGAGGUUAAUUGGUGUCCAGUUUAAGAGACUGGUCUGUAAGUGGGGUUGUGUUAUCCUGUCCAGGCUAGUUUAUGGACAUUUAACAAGCCUUUCUCCAAAUUCUUGCCUUCAUGGUGCUCUCAUGGCCUGGGGCCACCAUAACCUUUGAGUGGAUCUGAUUGACCCGUUGUUGUACACACUGGAGGAGGCAGCUUGUGCCUGAGGCUAGGUCCUGGGAGUGGUUACCUUAGUCCAACCCUCAGUUUCUGAUCAGGGAGUACAGUCAUAAGCCAUCCUGGGUUCCAAUCUCAGUAGCCUCAGCAGGUAAUACAGGAAAACCAGCUCAACCCACUUUGGUCCAUCUAAAGCUUCCUCUUGCUUUUUUUUUAAAUUCUUCUUAGAAUUCUGGCACAAACCAGCAGCUGGGGGCGCCCUCCCCAUAUCUGAGCCUCCCACAAAAACAACAUGAGUCUUGGCUUUUAAUUGGACUAAACACAUCAGGGUUAGAGCACAGCACAUUGUGGAGCUUAGCCCUCAACUAACUGCAGACCUAGGAUCCAUACUGAUUCCUAGCCUUCUCCAAUGUUCAGUAAGUAUGUCCUCUUAUCCUUUGGAAUACACUGUAUCAUAACAAUUCUUUUCUCAGCAAAUUUAAUUCUUGGGUCAACCUUCACAAAGACCCUCAGUCAUACAUUAAUGCAUUUGUAUAUACUAAAUAUAGUUUGGAAUGGUGAUUUUAAGGGUUCUGUGAUGGGGAGUCAUAGUCCUCUCUAUGGAGUAGACACAGGUUAAAUAUUUAUAGCAUCUCCUAAUGGUUGGCUUGAUUAACUAUAUAUCAGCCUGCCUUUUUCUUUAAUUAUCUUUCUGUGGUUAGGUGAGAGAAUUAAGACAAGUAUUUCUCCAAAUUGAAAGGGUUGCUGUCAGCAUAUUCAAAUUGUUGGACUUGUGGUGAGAUAUAUUACUUAAAAAGAUUUAUAAUAUUUUGUUGGAAGUCAUCCCAGAGUUUUGACACUUUAAUAUAUGAUCAUUGUUCCAUUUUGUAGUCAGUUUCAUUGCAGGAUUGAACUCUCUAACCUUACAAGGAGUAUUCAAAAGCAUUAGCAGGAUCCUCGGUCCUCUAUUCCCCAUAAUUACAAUGAAAUUGGAUUAUGUUAGAAAGUGCAUAGAGAAGGAAGGGAGAGCUGAGGGGUGAUGCUGUGUGCAUAUAUUGCUGUUCAUGUGACUUAUUUAUAACCAGAUUACACCAAGUCAUGUCUGGGGAACUGAAUUCACCAUGAUGUCAAAACUGACAAUGUAUGAAGGUUUGAGAUUACCAUGAAAGACAUACAUUGUAUCAGUUACUUUCUAAAUUUUAUAUGGCUGUCUUCGAAACAUGAGUGACUUGUAUGUGUAUAUGAUAAUAAUAAAAAACAUUAUAGAAAUGUAAAUGCAAAUGUAAUUUUUUUUGUAUAUAUAUUUGUAUAUAAAAUUAUAUAUAUAUUAUAGAAACAGAUUUAUUAUGUAUAUGUAAUUAUAUAAUUAAUCAUUCUUUAUGUUAAUAAUAAAUGUAAUAUAUAUAGUAAUACAUAUAUAAUAUAUUGCCUUGAUAAAAGUCCUGGUGACUAGAAUCUUAAUAUGUGUCUUUUGAAAAAAAACAAAAAAAAACAGACCUGACAUUUUUUUGAUAAAGUCCCCUGAGUGCUCUCUAUGUGACAAAAUAUGAUCAAUUCUGUUUAAAUGUUUACUAAGUUUUUACAUUAUCUGUGGAUUAUUUUGCCUCUAUAUUUUACCAGUUUCUGUGAAAUCAUGAAAUAUUACCGAUUAGGUAUUAUAAGUAAGCAGAUAAUCUUGUUAGACUUCCAUAGUUAUUUUUGUUUAACAGAAAUUGCAAUAUUUGACUUUGGAUGGUUUUUGAAGGUGACAGAUUUUUCCUUUUUUUUGGGGAGAAGAAAACUAGAAAAAUGUAUACCGAGUCAGUGUUUAAUUUGCAAGAAUUCAUGCACACACAUAUACGCACACAUAUACACAGAUGGACAUACAAUGUAAAUAUGUAUAUUACAUAUGUUUAUAAGAAUAUACUCUAUAUAUGUUUUGAUGUCUUACCACUUUAUUUCAAUUGCCCCGCAAAUGGUUUUUAGUGUGGUCCAUUUGAAGUUUUACAUUUUAACUUUAUCCAGUAUUCUUGGCUGGAAGGCUUACAAUUCAAGUUGGAGCUGAAACACUGGAAUUGUAGCUCGACCCUCUUUUUUCUCAUCCAAUUGAUGUGGCUUAUUCGGAAACUGAUAGCUGUUGUUAUCUCAGGGAAAUGCAUUAAAAUAAUUGCCUGAAGCGAACAUUUUUUACACACUGUAUCAGCAAAGAACAGGUGGGUGGAAUGUUAAUUGCCAGCUUUUUUCUCUUCAUUGGUCAUCUUUAACUACAAUGGCCCAGUGUGCUUUCUUUACAGAAUUAGCCUCCCCAGAGUGGGUAUUAUCUUGCUAUUAAGCCCCCAGGUGGAUGACUUUCAAUAUCCCAAAGGUCUUGCCCCAACAACACCAGGGCAUUUUCUACAUGUCAGGAGCUAAAUUCUUUGUAGUUAUUGCUUUUUGAUUGACCUGUAGUCCUAACCCUCCACCCCCAAACCCCCCCAACAACCGUAUAUAGACUUUUAUAUAUUAAUUAUAGAAGAAUUGAUAUACUGUUGUUAAAGUCUACAAAUCGAGGGCAGGUAAAGGAACUGAGCUAAAAGCAAGAUACAUUUUUUCCCCAUGAUUUGUGGGUAUAUUAUGUUAACAACAAAAGUAAAACAUUGUCCUUAGUGAGUCUAUUUACUUAGCAGGGAUUUGUAGUAACUUGAAAAAAAAAUGGGAACAUUUAGGCCCAAAUAUAAAAGCGAAUACAAUAUCAUUAGGACGACUUUCAAUGGAUUAUUUGUUUCGAGUCUAGAAUUUUGGCCUUAACUUUGCCAACUAGUUCUCAAUCUGUCAUAACAUUGUAGAAUAGAAUAGAAUUGGAGAAUAGAACCCACUUUUACAGUGAUAUAUAAUAAAGUAUUUAGUAGAGCUUUUUAUCCCAAAUUAUUUCAAUCCCUGAACAAUGGUUUAUUCACUAAAUUCAAUUGAAGUAAAAUCGUAUCAAAAGUUGCUAGGCAUGACUAAAGAUGGCUUAGUUUAGCCUUAGAUUUGCAGUUUGCCUCAAGGUAAGUGAACAAAGUUUUAAGUGUACACUGAGAUUUUAACUGAAUUGACAGCUGCUUAAUGCAGGAUAAAAUAAAUUGAAAUAUAUAUAUACAAAUAUGAUUAUUUUUUUUUUCUUCAUUCUAGUGAAUUGUGUUAUAGACAUGGUUCUGUUAAUUUCACCUCAGUUUUCAUCACUCCGAGGCUUUUUUGGCGUGCUCUGUUCCCCUUUGUUGACAUUAUUGUCUAGGUAUACAUGAGGAUUUUACAGCUGCCAGCACAACUGUUAAAAUAUCUCACUUUGGUGACCAGAUGAGUAACGUGGCAGGCUCUUUGAGUUGGGAGUAGCAGAAUUUAAAUCUCAUUCACUAAACAUUGGAUUGUAGUGAACUGAGAACCAAUCUGCACGAUUCAGGCCAACAUUUCAUUAAUUUGCUAAGCAGCCUGGCUAAUUUUGUCGAAAUAGCAAUUUUGUUUUAAAUUGACAAAAUAUCUAGUGAAAAAAAAAACCCACACAUAAUUUUCUUCCCUUCUGACAUCGAAUAACUAUGUAUAGUUCUGCUACACCAUGGUGUGUGAGUAGCAGAAUUGGAUAUUUGCCCAGACAUUUGGCAAUUACACACCUCCCAACAUCUGAAAUGUCCAAAGAUGGACACUUUAAAUUUACAGGUGUGAGUGUGCCCAGGGGUGGGGCUGUUCUGAGACAUUUUAGGUGACUUAUUAAUAAUAAUGAUAAUUCAGAACUUAAAUUUGCAGAUUUCUAAAUAUAUUUAUUGUAGUUUAACCCCUUAAGGACCAAACUUCUGGAAUAAAAGGGAAUCAUGACAUGUCACACAUGGCAUGUGUCCGUAAGGGGUUAAAGACACAUUACUGGGAGUAUUAUUGCUGCAGAGCUCUCCACAUGGAGCUCAUUAAGGUACAAUGCAGUAUUAGUACAGAUAUCUGCUCUGUAUCGAAACACACACACAUUGUCACACACAUAGUAUACAUCCAUGCUAGGUCUGUGUAAGAAUAGGCCGGGGAAUGUGUAGGUGUGCGUCAAGUGGCAUUGGCAUAGCACACCAUAAAACACAGGAGGAAACACACAGAGCACAUGGAAACAGUGUAACACAACAGCAGCACAAUCAGGGAAAUAAUAUUGUGUUGGAAAAACACAGCAAAUAGCAAAGAUGAUUUAUUCCUUAACACGGCAGAAACUGAACAUACAUGAGAGGAUUGGCACUUUACCUGGAUCACGCCUGACUCGGAAUCCUUGUCUGAGAUAUAAAGUAUUUAUUAUAGAAUUUCUUUAAUAUCAGAAAGAAUGAAAACUUACCGAUGCCUGUAAGUACCAAACCUAAUUUCCAAGAGUUUUUCAUUUACUCUGAAUUACUUCAUUUACUACAAGGCUGUAUCACCAUACCUCCCAAGUGUCCCUAUUUAGGAGGAUCAGUCCCUAUUUUGGGCCCAAAUUCCUCUGUCCCAUUUUUCUAUUCUAAUGUUCUUCUUGUUUAGGAGCUCCAUAUUGUUGGUGUGUCUGAAUGUAUAACAGAGCUCCACAGCAAUAUCACUCCCAGUAAUGUGUCUGAGUGUAUAACAGAGCUCCACAGCAAUAAUACUCCAAGUAAUGUGUCUGAGUGUAUAACAGAGCUCCACAGUAAUAAUACUCCCAGUAAUGUGUCUGAGUGUAUAACAGAGCUCCACAGUAAUAAUACUCCCAGUAAUGUGUCUGAGUGUAUAACAGAGCUCCACAGCAAUGAUACUCCCAGUAAUGUGUCUGAGUGUAUAACAGAGCUCCACAGCAAUAAUACUCCCAGGAAUGUGUCUGAGUGUAUAACAGAGCUCCACAGCAAUAAUACUCCCAGUAAUGUGUCUGAGUGUAUAACAGAGCUCCACAGCAAUGAUACUCCCAGAAAUGUGUCUGAGUGUAUAACAGAGCUCCACAGCAAUAAUACAGUAAUGUGCCUUUAAACUACAAUAAAUGUGUUUAGAAAUCAGUCUGUAAAUAAGAUACAUUGUUCUUCUUCUAAAUUACAUUUUAGUUGUAUAAAUUGUUAUCGACAAGUUAUCUAAAACUUCUCUGUACAGCCCUGCCCUUGGCCACACCCCUACACCCACCCACACCCCUAAAAUUAAAGUGUCCUUCUUUGUCCUUUUUAACAUUUUGGGAGAUAAGCAUUAUGAAUAUUUCCAUGACAACACAACUGCAAAGUGCUCCUCCAUGAAGAUCCGCAGAUUGAUUUAUAUAUCCCCCUUAUUUUCAUACAUGAGGAAUUUGGGGGUAGUGGAGGAAAGUGCCUGUGGCAAAAUAAAAAUAAACAAACAAUCUCAUUAUAGUUAGUUUUAAGGUUAUUCACUAAACAAAGAAUAGACAAAAUCUAGUGUAAAUAAUCGAAUUCCAACAACAUUGGGAAGUUGAAGAUUUACUAAAGCCAAAUGUGGUCAGGAUUUGGUUGGUCUAACUGAGUCUGUGUUAUUGAAUAACCAACAAUAUCUGCAUGCGAACCGAUUUAAAGCACAGGAAUCAGAGAUUUGUCAACGACCGAAUGGUGACUGACGAUAACUAGAAUGCUUUUUCGAUGUGAAUUAAUAAUUUGAUGUACUAAUGCCGCUUACAGUGCUAGCAGUAGUUAAAAAAAAAAAAACUCUCAGUGGCACAAGAUUUAAUUCUGUGGCUACUGGCCAAUGCUUGCUAGCCAGCAGCCACAUGAAGAAUGUAAGGAAACAAAUAAUGUUCAUUAAAUAGAUAAAAAUCCUAUGGGGGUCAUUAUUUAGUUAUUAUUAUGUAAUUAAUUCAGUCCAAGUUUCAGCCGUCCGGAGGAAUUCAAUACGGUGACAUUCGAUGACUCACACAAUCCGCACAAUCCGCACAUUUGUUGAAUUCUAUCAACAAUGCCCAGAUUUUGCAGUCCGAAUGUCCCUGUACAGCAGUAAAUGUUUUUGCCUCAUUCAGUAUGGGGCCAUUCAGACUUUAGUGAACAAACCUGCAUGGCCUAAAUAUUUUUGGUGCCUUCCUCUUCUGGAAUUGAGCCAUUCUUUGGCUCCUAGCAGAAUAAGCUGCCAGGAUCUACAUCAUUAAAGGAUCACUGCACUCAGUAUAACACCUUCAUCUACAUGAUGACUAGUGUCUAACUAGUGCGCCCCCUUUAGUGGCUCCAAAUAACUGUGUUUUAUAAAUAGAAGGCUUGGAAGCACAUCGUCAAGCCACACCUCCAAGUCCCCUGUCCCAUUGUUACUUUUCGGCUCUCGUACCGUAGGAUACGGCAAAGCCAUGCACACAUGCGCAGUGCAGUCACAGUCUGCCAUGGAGAAUCCUUGCAUGAGAUGAUUCUCCGUGGCAGAAUCAUAGACGAAUUGCGUUGUGCGCUGUACAUGUGGCUACAGUCUCCAAUGUUCCUUUCUGAUGAGCAUUGGAUUGGACGUCAUUUCGGAGGUGCCCCUCCAGGAUGAUAUCAGGUAAGGCAGAGGCUGCGGCAGCGCGGAGGGGAGAAGGAGAGUAAUUUUUUUGUUUAUUGUUAUUCCUUUUACAAGGCCAUUCAACUAACUUGGGACAUCGAAACUGUAGUGUUUGGAAUACAGAAAUGUAUUCCUAACGCUAGUGUCCCUUUAAUCGAUAAGAGCUAGGAUUUGUGGACUACCAACCACUCAUUUACCACAUGGGCUCCCAUAUAGCUGGGGAUUAUUAUGAUAUUGCUGUCCAAAUGGCUAAUUUGAAAUGACAUCUGUCAAUAUAGUGAUAGUGUAGUGAUGGUGUAUUGAAUGGUGCAGUCAAUAGAGGAGAUCAUUAAAGGUCCGUGGCAAGAUGGCAUAUGAUGUAUAGUGCUGUGCCCUAUUAUGUUACUCUGCAUCAUCAGAACGUGUUGGUAGAAUUGUGUACUCCCUAAUUCCAGUGGACAGUCCCCCGAACUAAUGUGAACACCAAAGAUGCUGUGAUCUCUAACUCCCAUCGAGCUCAGUGCAGAUAAUUAAGAUAAACGCUGUUCUUUAGUGUGAAUCGAGCCCAAUUCACAGAGUCAGAGGAUCUCUUAAUUGUUACAUUUUAUCUAUGCAGAUGGUAGCCAGAUGCUCCUGAACUUUAUAAGACUCCCCGGGUCGAUGCUUUCAUAGCCUAGUGGGAAAUCGAGUCCUUGAUCAAAGUACUACUUAAAACUGCUGUCAGUCAUGUAAAAACAUGUGCUCGCUGGGCAGAGGUACAAAUAAAAUAAAUCUCUCCAUUUCCACAUGGCCACAGGAGGCGACGGGGAUAUUGAAGUCAUUUGAGUGACUGGAUUCUUUAUGAGGUUCCUCUAUGUCUCUUUGAUUUCCCCCUUUAAUGAGUGAAGACUGAGGGAAAGGCUUACAGCGAUGAAUUAUACAUUUAUAUAUUGAAAGGUGCUAAAUUGGCGUUUAGUAUUACAUUGAUCAGAUUGGAGGAUACUUUACAUGAUUACCAAGUCUUGCAUACUUGUCGCAGCGAUGCAAAUGCGAAUCGCCCCGGCGAGUACUUGUUGUAUGCCCGUCGUAUCUAAUGCGCCAUUCGUACUUAAAGCUAAUGCGCCAUCAAAACUAACAUGCAUUGAAAUUUUGGAGACUAUAUUUUGCCAAUAAAGGUGAGCAUUAGAUUCAAGUAAAUACAGUAUUUUCAGUGAGAUAUGAGAGUCUGCAAGAACAGUCAGUUAAAACUUAGCAGGGUUAGUCACAAAAGUGAGAAUUACGGGGAGUUUGGCUACUUUGACCACCAGUUUAAAAUUCACUUUGAAGUCCCUGUAUUUCUCACGUUAGUUAAUAACCCGGAUAAAAAUAUAAAAGGAUAUCUUACCAGAUAAAACGAGGCAGCACAUUUAACCCAGUGGGGCUUACUUACAUUGUUGAGAAUUUUUAAUGGGGUUUCAUACUGUAUAUCAAAACAAAGACGUUAGAAAAUGUUUCUAUUUUUCUUAUUUUAACCUUAAACGGGACUUUGCAGGCACCAAGGCCUCUCGUCUCAGUGAAGUGGUCUGGGUGCCAUGCCCCCUCAGUUUUAACCCUGUAGUUGCAAACAUAUUGAUAUUUGCCAGAGGAGCUUCUUCCUAAAUAGUGGAAUAAAUCCAUCUGGAAUACUUUAAUCUGAUUGGCUCAGUGUGUAAUUUUAUCGCGCAUGCACACUAGCAUCUCAAUGCUUAUCCUAUGGGAAAUCAUCGGAUUGGCUGAGAUUAUCGGUCUCAAUGAUGUCAGCCAAAGAGACAGAGCAGCAUGCAAGGGACCAGUCCUGUGAGGGCGAAAAGAUGGGUAAAACUCUCCUUUUUAACCAUGGUAGCAGGGGCCGGUGACCUAAACAGUGACUAGGGCACUACAAUGUUAGUUAUACACGCUUGUAUUCCUAUUAAUAUAGUGUUCCUUUAUAUCUACAAAAAAACUUCACUGCUGUCUUUUGACUAGUAAGUGCUUACAUAGAAAUGGUGGUGGGAGGCAUUGGAACAGUUCUGUUUCCCUUGUGGUCUGAUCUUACCAUUACAUCACCCACCACAUAUUCUUUGAUCCAUUGUUUUUCCUACCCCCACUCUCCUUCUUGAUUCCAAAGUGAAAAUUUGAUUUCUCCUUGGAUAUUAAGCAACUCUCCAUUAUAUUAACAAAUUCUAUCCUUGAAUAUUCUGGUCUUUUAAAAAAAAUAUAUGCAGAAAGUGAUAAAACAGUCUAUUUAUGCCGAUAAUUCCUCAUCUUUAUUAUUCUUAUUGUAAAUAAAAAAAAAUCUCUGUUGUAGGUGAAAUCUCCUUUCUUCAAGUUUAAGUGAGUGACUUCUUGCCCUCUUCCUGUUAAUAACAGGAUAUUUGUAUUUAAUUGUUUAAUAUUUUGACUCAUACGCCUUUUUUCAAAAUAAUCAGAUUAAUGUGUUUAAACUAUUACAGCUGGAAUUGGAGAAUUUAUCACUUCUACUACUUUAACCUAUUACACAUCACACUAUAGGUGUGCAUAGCAUAUCUAUGUGCAAGAAUAGGAAAAUCCACAGAAUCGCUACAAUCACAGAUUUGAUUAUACUAAAACACAGCUGCCUCACACUUUUAGUGUUACAAAAAUAAAAAAAUAGAAUCAAAAUGCAAAUAAUGAUCAGUUUGCAAAAACAAAUUGCUGUUUUUUUUUUUUUUUGUCUCCUCAUGGUAUGGAAGAAACUGCUUGUAUCAAUUCCACCCCGAUCUGUUCAAAAUAGAGCAGUAUUGCCAUUUUGCACGAUAACUGUUUACAGUAUGUCAAUAUUUUAUUUCUCUCUCUACAACUGAAUUAAGUAAAACAUUUGUGAACAUCGACUGCUGAAUAACUUGUGCCGGUCUUGUAAACGUAAAAUAAAAAUGAAAAUCCAGCGCAUUCCCUUAUCUACUUAACAGCAACUUUGGUGCAGACAAAUUUUGCUAGUUUUUUUAAAAACACUUCUUGUAAAUGCAACACCAGCAAAUAAUUUAUAAAUUGUAGUUUUGACAAUUGGAAUGCCAUCAGAAUAUAUUUGGCCUCCAGAAAUAGCUGAUGUCGUCCUACAGUCUUUCUGCUGAUUGAAACAUUUAAUAAGGAAUGUACGAAUUAAGGAGCUGUGACCUGUUCCAGGUUACAUUCCAUGUACCAGUUCCACCACAAUCUCAGGUGUAGAGAUAUUUCCUAACCAAUCUACUGUUACAAGGAGAUUGUAGGAAGGAUUUAUCCUCCUUUUGGAAAUGGAUUUUAAAAUGCGUUUUAAAAUAUUCCCACCUUUUUUUCUUUUUUCAAACUUUGAUAACUAGCAAUACUUUGAGACUCCAAGGAAUGUGUGUUAGAAUAAUUUUGUUUUUAAUUUUGUAAAGUUUUCUUUUUCUAAAGUUGAGCACAGAAAACCACAGACCAGUUGCUUAGUCUGGGUAGUUGGUUAGUUACGCACUAUAGUGUCAGGAAUACAUGUUUGAAUUACUGACACUAUAGUAUUCUUUAAAAGUAGUGGCAGGACUAGCUUUGAGAUUAAUUUUUCUAGUCCUAAAUUGAUGUAGGGGCUCGUUCUUAUAAUUCAAUGUAAUAAUACAAAAUAAUAUCUUCAUAAGUCAAGAAGCUACAGUCAACUUGUGGUCAGUUGUCUUGAGUUCCCACAAAAAUAUCCUUUUGAAUCUCCACCUGGGGGUUAAAGCAGCUAUGCCAAAAUCUCCAAAGACCCCCAAAGAUGACCCACACCUGCAGUUUGCUUCGCCAGAGGAGAAGCUGAUAGGAGAUAUACUUACCUGAAGCUCGUGUUGUCCCGAAACAAAAAGAUUUCAGAUGAAACAGACAAGAUGGAGUCGAGAACAGACUGUGUUUAGGCAGUUGGGUAAUUCUUUGUCAGCCAUUUUUUUUGUUCAAACAAAAUGAGAAAAAGUUUUUCACUUUGAAUUUAAUUUAUGUAGAGUAUUUUUUCUUUCAUUUUAAAUUAGUCAUAUCAGUGGAAACGAUUUUAAUAAAAUAUAUAUAGCUCUGUUAAUCUUAUCCAAGAUUAGCAAAACAAGAAACAAAGAGGUAUACGACUUCAUCAGCGACAUCACCACCUCUAAUUUCUUUAAAUCAGGCAGCUCCUGGUAGAGGGAACUUUCCAGAAUGAUGAAUUACAGGCCGAACUGACAACAUGCAAUUCUGACGUCCUUUCACAAGUGUUUUAAAAUUUGAACAAUCAAGCGUAAUUACGUUUUGUUUUCAUACAAAGCUGCGUUUGGAUGAGAAGAUUUAAAUUUCAAGUACUUUCAAGAUCCAAGAAAUACAGAAACGAUUAAGUACGAGAGGUUAUCUUUACGGUGGUUUUUAUUAUUUUAACGGAAGCUUGAUGGCUCCUGUUACUUGGUAAUGUUUAUUUAUUGAAUUGUCAUUAGGUAGUAAUCAAGUCAAAAGCUCUUAAAGAUUUUCCGAGAUAUUUUGCUUUCUAUUAAGGUAGCGAGCAGGGUCACAGGAUACUGAAAAUAUUAACAAUAUUUGCUAGCCUUUUCUUCUACUUAUUACACAUUGGUGAUUUCUAUAAAGGCAAAGACAGAGAAGAUAUUUUUAAAAGAAAAUAGGACUAAUUAUUAAACAUGACUUUUUUAGAAAGCCUUCAAUGGUUCCAUUAAAGUUCGGUUUAUGUAAACGUCUGUUUAUAGACACAUUUCGAGAUCUGUGUCAGCAUUAUAAGACAACCUUUUUUGCUUGUAUUGAUUCAAGAAUGGUAAAUUUUUGAGUAUGAAAGUGCCAAGAUAUAUUUAUUUGCACAUGUAUAUAUUCUGGUCCGUGACCAGGAUUUGAAACCUAGAUACGUUCUGAUUGCCCUGUCUUUUCAACCAUUAUGAAUACAGCUUUGAUUCUGAAUUUAUUGAUUUUCUGUUUUCCGAAUGUUUUCAUUGUCUGAUUUUUCUAAUGUGCAAUAGUUAAGUAGUCCCAUAAUUAUGGCGAGCAUACCUGAAUAUUUCACCGUGUAAGAUGAUGGGGAGGAGGUGGUCCCUCUCAAGAGCAAUGUGGUUUCUUUGCAAAAUGCAGAUGCAGAAAUGCAGGAACCUGCAUUGGAGCAGAGCCUGCUGUGAAAUAGGUUUGGCUACAUACUAUCUCAGACACAGCUAUUCACAUUGUGUCCUGGUACUUAGCCUUCUGAACACACACUCUGGAUGGAUCUGUAUUUUCCAGAUAUUAAUCAAAUCUCACCUUGCGGUUUAACUUGGGGCAACAGUCUUGAGGUAGGAAGACAUUAUAGGGGUUUUCAAACCUAUAAACUUUAAAACGAACAAAAAAAAAACUGUCCUUACAGCUUACUCAGAGAUCCAAUUUCCUUACUGCAUUAUAUGAGUGCAACGACUAGAAUAUGCGCAGGUUCUCGUUGAAAUCUUUUGAUUGUAGGAAUAGAUUGCCACUAAUCUACUAUCCCAGUGAUACGGAAAUUCAGAACAUAAUCUCAUGUGAUCAACAAGUAUCAUAUGUAACAUAGCUGGGGACCACCUAUCCACCACUCCCACCCAGCUGUGAUUUCAUGUUAAUCAAAAUAUUUGGCAACUUAGGCUUUCUUUUUUUCUCAUACAUUAAUUUACUUUCCCAUACUUUUUAAUGUACAGGUUAAAUAAAAAGUUACGUCUAAAUGUCCUGUGAUUAUAGAUUGAAUACCAAUAUUUUUUAUGCUUUUUUUCUUACUUUGUUCACAGUAUCCUAGUGCUUUAUAUUGGAAUUAAACGUCUUUUCACAAGAUAAUAAAAAUAGUGAUAAUAUAUUAUUCUUAUUACCCAGUUCCUCUGUGUAAAAUAAGUUGUGUUUUAAUUCAUGACACUUGAAUGUCUUUAUAAUAAAUAUAAUAAAUUAUAUAUAUAUAUAUAUAUAUAUAUAUAUAGAUAGUUAAUACAAUGCUAAACAAAAAUCUGCACACCAGUCAAGCCAUAAGACUUGCUUUUCCCACAGAAAUCCGAAAUCAGCAGUGAUGUUACAACCGCAAAGGAUUCUGGGUGGGCAUAUGCAAAUUAGUCGAUCUUGCUAUAUAUAUAUAUAUAUAUAUAAAUAUAAUAAAUACAUUUAUAAUAAAACAAACAAAGACGGGUUUAUUCACUAAACAAGGAUUUGGGAGGAACUAACUAGGGAUUUGAAUAUUAUAGGACAAAAUAGCUGAGCUCAAAAAUGAAAUAGAAUUGGUGACUCUCCUUCCCAUCUUGUAUUUUCUCCCCAAAUUUGCAAUUCUUAUGCAAACUUUUCACAAUUCCCAGCAUAAAGUAUAAAACCUAUGUUUUUUAUUUUGUAAUUCAGGUCUUUUUCAAUGACAGCUCGGUGUGUCAAAAGUAGUCUCUUACCAGGGGAGGAAUACAUAAUAUCACAGGUGGAUCAAUCAAUCGUGUAAUUAUUUUGACAGAUUCCAUUCAUGGUCACCAGAUGUUGGCCUCUGCGUAGCAAAUCCUGUUUUUAAAAAGGUUCACCUGAUCAUUAUUGUAACAUAAACAUUUUAGAGAGUUCCAAAGUCUCUCUCUAAGAUUUCUCCUGCGUGCUUAUAUAAAGGACAAUGUCUCAAAGCUGCGCUGCUGACGGGGUGACUGUGCAAGCUGGCAAAGAUCUCCUUAAAGUCAGCAUUUCUGCUACGAGAGAGCAGAGAACCCAAGUGUUAAAUUCUCGCUGGCUGGUGGAAUGUAGCGUGCCAGGGGGGCUGUUGGCAUUUCCGCUUCACUGAGAUUCAGGGAUGGAACGCAUGCUUGUCUGUCACAUGUGUCAAGGACAGCUGCCUUAUGCUGUUGUGCCAGGCUGCGUGCAUGCGCGCUAGAACCCAAUCCAUGCAGAGGGGAAAGACUUGGAAGGCUGUGGGACUGACUGGGUUGUCAUCUCGUGUCAAUGUCGUCGCGGUUUUUAAAUUGUUCUGCUUCUUUCGGCCACACAGCACCAGCUGUUAAUAUUAUCCAUCAGCCUGUCAAGCAAAUACCAUUGGACUUAUAAAGGAAUAGUCAUGUGUUACCAUGAAGUGAAACUUAUUAGUACAUUUACAAGACCAGGAGAUAUAUUACAUAGAAUCGAAAACGUCAUCCAGUUCCACUGUUAUUGUCAAAUUAUUUAUAUUGUAUUUAUUUAUUGUUUUGUUAAUAUAUCUGUAUUUAUCUCUAUAUUUCUAUCUGUUAAAUACAGUUCAGUAAUAUGUAGCACAGUAUCUAAAGCUAAAUCUAACCACCGCUGUCUGUCCAUCAAUUGAUUCCUUCUCCUCUAUUUUCAGGUCAUAGUUAUAGAAACAAAUUUGAAGCAACAUGUCAGUAUUUUAUAAUACGCAAUGAGCUGACUAGUGGAAUUAAUUUAAAAUGACAUAAUUGGGGGGGAAAAAAAAUCAUGAUUUUUGCAAGCUGUGAAAUGUCAGCUCAUCACAAAUUAUUAUUAUUUAUAUAGCACCAACAUCUUCUGGAGCGCUGUACAAUGGAUAGCCAAGGCACACAAGUCUUUUUAACAAGACAAGUACAAUCUAAAUCACGGUUUAAUAAAUGGACACGGUUGUUACAGAUUGCUCCGGUGUGAGACUGUGGUCUGUUUAGUGCCGGUCUGUGUGACAUAUCAUCGCAUGGCGUCCCGUAUGUGACAUGCGUCUUUGCCAUCCGGCGAGUGCACGUCUUAGCUAAGCAAAAAAAACAGUAAACAAGAGACUAAAAAAAGAAACGCAGGUUAAUCAAACGUCAACCAGCACACGUGGGGGAAGGGAUUACAUGAGAAAAAAAAAAAAAGAACACGAGGGAAUUUGAAACAUCCAAUAGUUCACCAUUAUUACCGUACCUGUGCCUCGCACCUGGGGGAAUUAGCAUGAGAUACCUGUUGUGCAAUUACUUACCUGGCUGCUUCGCCACACUACACGGGACGGAAUAAAUGAUCAACAAUAGAUACCAGCUGUGAGAAAUUAGGCUAAUCAGUGUGUUUUAUUAGUGAAUUCUCUCUGUCACUUGGGAAACAAGGAAAGGAUGCGACAUUCGACUUAAGUUUCCCUGUAAUAUCACGCCAGCACUGAAAUAGUUAACCCGUCCCACAAUCCUUGUAGUUUGCAUUAAGCACCAUUUGCAAAGCGCUGGGUGUGGAUCCUAUCAUAACCGUUUCAGUGCUGGGCUGUACACAAUAAUGAUUUUAGAGAGAAUGCUGGCCAAGGCUGAGAAUUAAAGUCAUACGCUGUCCCAGACCACUAGCCCAGUUACUGCACUGAUUGUUAUCUGCCUCUGCUGGCCAUUUGCAGUACUACAAGUUAGAAAAAUUACAGUUCAAAUACUUCGAAUUAUUGGAGCAUUCACCACCUGUCAUUUGUGCCAGCAAUCUCCGUCCAUGCUAAUUCAAAGACAAAAAAAACUGACUCCAGCCAUAGAAUUGGUGUAUCGUGACUGGGUGGCUGGAAUUUGCAGUCCAGAAUAAUUGAAGUAUGCAGCAUUGAUUAUCUCUGCCUUACUUUGUAAAACACCAACAAAAUAAAGCAACAACUAGUUUCUCAAUGUUGGGACAGGAACUGUGCCUGUCUGAAACACACAACGAUUUUUACUAAAGUGAGGAUUCAAAGUGAAAUUUAAACAUUUUAGGCCAAAGUAGCCGAUCUGGAAGGAUAGCUGACUUAGAGAAUUGUUUGAGUUUGCCUUUUUUUACCUUAAACAGUUACAUAAAUGGUGAGAUUUACCUGGAAUCCAACUCACAGCGCUGCAUUCUACGAUCCAUCUGAUGUCUUACAAAAGCAUUUGAUUGGACCACCUGCCCCGGCUCAGAGCACUUGCCCCCACUAAGCUGAGACGGGGAGCACAGGGGAGGGUAUUAAAAAAACAGAGAACUUCAUUACAGAGAGGCGGAAAAGGCUGCUCAGUGGGAGGGAGGGAAGAGCAAGCCCUCUGACUGCAAGGGAGACAAUAUCCACGUGACACUCAGUGCGCGCUGAUGACAGACAUACAUUUUGCACAGAAUUGACAUUCGGCUAGACUGGAACAGGCUGCCUAAGUCACGUGUGAGUGUAACUAGCCCCGGGCACAUAAGUGCAAAUAUCUCAGUAUGUACGUGCAGUAUUUUAAGCAGAAACGCUGCACAUAUUGACUGCUACCACCAUAACCACUUCUAAAAGCAGACGUGGUCAUCGUGGUUGGGCUAACCCUUUCAUUUGAAAUUUAUUUUGAAUUCUCAUGCCUUACAAAAGCAUUUGAUUGGACCACCUGCCCCGGCUCAGAGCACUUGCCCACACUAAGCUGAGAUGGGGAGCACAGGGGAGGGUAUUCAAAAAAACAGAGAACUUCAUUACAAAGAGGCGGAAAAGGCUGCUCAAUGGGAGGGAGGGAAGAGCAAGCCCUCUGACUGCAAGGGAGACAAUAUCCACGUGACACUCACGUGUCACGUGUGAGUGUAACUAGCCCCGAGCACACAAGUGCAAAUAUCUCAGUACGUACGUGCAGUAUUUUAAGCAGAAACGCUGCACAUAUUGACUGCUACCACCAUAACCACUUCUAAAAGCAGACGUGGUCAUGGUGGUUGGACUAACCCUUUACAUUUGAAAUUUAUUUUGAAUUCUCACUGUCAAUGUGCAAUGCUGCCAAAACACAUGGGCACUAGGGCUUUCCAUAUAAUAGUUCCUCCGCAGCCCUCUGCUUGUUGGCAGCCCUGGAUCUUGGGAUGCGCCGGUGCGCUAAUGUAUUCCUUCCCCCACCCUUCAGUAAAAAGCAGACAUUUCCAUAGUAUUUCUAUUAAGACAUAUACAAUUAUUUGCAUUGUGUACACUCAAGAAAAAAAUGACAGAAUACUUUUAUAUUGGUGCAUUUUUGUAUUUUUUCCCUGCAAUAUGCAGACACAUCUGUUUACAAGUAAGAGACAGGCGGUUUAAUCAUUCUUUCUUGCACAAUAAAGCAGUAUCCUUCCAGUGUUACUCUAAUAUAGUUUAUGGUAUUCCUCUCAGUCCUGUCUUAAUGAGCUUGGCUAAUCCUCCCACAGCUUGUGUGGCCCUUGCGUUGUCCUUAGCGUCCCUGUGGAUCUGUAGAAGUUUCCGUAGUCUGUGGGGUGGAAGCUCCCAGUUGUUCUAAUUGAUACUGGCACUGGCAGCCCGUUAGAGUGGCACGUGUGUUGCCAAAUAACAACCAGCUCAAUAUUAAUUUUAAAUCUUAAGAAAUAAAACAGGAUUACAUGUGUUCGAAACAGCGGGUGGGUUUCAGAGCGCACAAGGCCCAAGGCAUAGAAUAAAAACCACACACAAUGCAUUACAUCAAAAUGUUACCAGAUAAAACUAAUUAAUAGCAAUAAAACCACGAACUUAACCCAUUGGAGAAGAAGUGUAACUAAAACAUUAUAUUCUUCGCAAGAUAUUUGUGAACUCCUAUUGUGUCAUAGAUUAAAGUUACAUAAAGGGUUACAGCCUUUGCCGUAGUUAAGUUCUUCCACAUCUGCAGGGGUUAAAAGCUAAAUGUUUUUUGUCAGCGGUUUCUGCAGAUGGUUUUUCUGUUUCUCAAGAAAUAUUACGAUUGCUUUAACUUUCUAGAUAAGAUGUUCUCAAGUAAGCCAUUGUUGCUUGUAGACAUGCGCAGUAGGCUAAUUGCCAUUUUAUAUAUGCGAUGCUCUCCCAUUAAACACUCAGACGAUUUUGGACUACAUACUGAGUAAGGCUGUGGUUUUAUUAUCGGUUCCCUCGGGCACUCAAACACCUAAUAAUUAGUAGUCUCUGGUUAUCUCUCUUGGAUGAUUUACCCAUCAUAAAUUUCUAUAUCAAUUGCUUUCAGUAAAUGUCUAAAAAAUCUGCAAAAAGAGACUUAAACCACCAAUAAAGUCCUGUGUUACUUUUACAGGUGAUGGUGUAAGGAGGUCCCCUGUCUCCCCACACACGGUGUAUUAUAACUGCAGCUACAAGGUUAUGGUGUAAGGAGGUCCCCUGUCUCCCCACACAGUGUAUUAUAACUGCAGCUAUAAGGUUAUGGUGUAAAGAGGUCCACUGUCUCCCCACACGGUGUAUUAUAACUGCAGCUAUAAUGUUAUGGUGUAAGGAGGUCCCCUGUCUCCCCACACACGGUGUAUUAUAACUGCAGCUAUAAUGUUAUGGAGUAAGGAGGUUGCCUGUCACCCCACACACAGUGUAUUAUAACUGCAGCUAUAAGGUUAUGGUGUAAGGAGGUCCCCUGUCUCCCCACACACAGUGUAUUAUAACUGCAGCUAUAAGGUUAUGGUGUAAGGAGGUCCCCUGUCUCCCCACACACCGUGUAUUAUAACUGCAGCUAUAAGGUUAUGGUGUAAGGAGGUCCCCUGUCUCCCCGCGCAUAGUGUAUUAUAACUGCAGCUAUAAGGUUAUGGUGUAAGGAGAUCCCCUGUCUCCCCGCAUACAGUGUAUUAUAACUGCAGCUAUAAGGUUAUGGCAGGGCCGGUGCAAGGAUUUUUGCCGCCCUAGGCAAAAGUAAAGUUUGCCGCCCCCCCCCCUCCGUGACAUCACAAUGCCCCACCCAUAUGACCUGCCAUGUUAAGUAACGCUAGUGCUGCAGUGCCGCUGUGUUUACAUUAAAAGGCCUGCAGGGACAGGCUAUAGACACCAGGACCACUACAUUAAGCUGCUGUGGUUCUGGGGACUAUAGUGUUUCUUUAAUGUGAGGUAAAUUAGAGAUUAGUGCCACGAAUAAUAUACUAGAUUACCUACUUACCAGCAGAUGAGGAUGAUGAUGGGCUCUAGCUGCAGUCUGGCUCCACUGGUCUGGUGUAUAACAGGGUCUCUGGAGGCUGUUUGUAACUGUGGUCACAAAAAUCAAUGUUCUGGGAGAACGAGAAGCAGCUCCAUUUUUUGGGGGCCCUUUACAUAGCUCAAGGUCUGGGUCCCAAGGUCCACCUUCAUGUUCCACCAAUGAGUUUGUUCACAGGGGGUAGAGUGUGUAGGGGAUGUCCUGAUUUGUGUGUAAGGAAUGCAUUGUGUGAAUCUGUGUUUGUAUGUGUAAGGGAUGUAAGGGAUGAAGUGUGUGAGUCUGUAAGGGGUGCUUUGAGUGUGUUUAAGGGGUGCAUUGAGUGUGUGUAAGGAAUGCAUUGUGUGUUUCUGUGUGUGUAAGGGAUGCAUUGUGUGUAAGGGUUGCAUUGCGUGUGUGUGUAAUGCAUUGUGUGUGUAAUGCAUUGUGUUUUUCUGUGUGCAAGGGGUUCAUUGUCUUUGUGUGUAAGGGGUGCAUUGUGUGUGAUGUGUGUGUGUGAUGGAUGUCAAUCUCUCCCCCCUCCCUUGUCACUCUCUUCUCCCCCCCUCCCUUGUUACUCUCAUUCCCCCUCCCUCCCCUGUCACUCCCCCCUCCCUGUCAAUUUCUCUCUCCCCGUCAAUUCCCCUCCCUGUCAAUGUCUCCUCCCUCCCUGUUAGUUCCCCCCUUAGUUUCUUUCCCCCCACCCUGUUAGUUUCUUUCCCCCCCCCUCCCUGUUAGUUUCUUUCUCCCCCCCUCCCUGUCAGUUUCUUUCUCCCCCCCUCCCUGUUGUUAGUUUCUUUUCUCCCCCCCUCCCUGUUAGUUUCCUUCUCCCUCCCCUCCCUCCCUUGCUCUCCCCCUCCCUCCCUCUCUUUUUUUUUCUUCUCCCUCCCUCCCCUACCUGUGUGGUAGUGUGGCCGUGCCCAGUAUAGUCCGACCGGUACAGGGAGCUGUUGUUUCCUGUACCCGGCCGGACUAACAGGAAGUGAACACAGAGUGUGCACUUCCUGUUAGUCCGGCCGGGUACAGGAGACAGCUGCUCUCUGUACCCCGCCGGCUAUACUGGGCUCGGCCACGCUACAUAGAGGAAGCUGACAGGAGGGAGCGCUCAGCGCUUCCCUCCUGUCAGCCCCUCUCCUCAGGCUGCGCCCGGGCGGUGCGGUCCGCCCUCAUGGACGCACCGCCCGGGAAAAGCUGCAGCCGCCCGAGGCUCACUACAGAGCGCUCGGGCGGCUGCAGGAUGAGCGGGGCCGGCGCUCCUGGCGGCGCCCCCUCCCAAGGGGCGCCCUAGGCGGCUGCCUAGUCCGCCUUACAGGUAGCGCCGGCCCUGGGUUAUGGUGUAAGGAGAUCCCCUGUCUCCCCGCACACAGUGUAUUAUAACGGCAGCUAUAAGGUUAUGGUGUAAGGAGGUCCCCUGUCUCCCCGCGCACAGUGUAUUAUAACUGCAGCUAUAAGGUUAUGGUGUAAGGAGGUCCCCUGUCUCCACACAGUGGCGGAUCCAGGGCGGGGGCAACGGGGCAAUUGCCCCCCCCCCCCCGAGAAAUCGGUACACUGGUACACAGUUAGCUGACUUGUGGCAUUACUUGUGAGUCCAGCAGAAUUCACCUGACUGCCAAGCCUCCUGCUGUUGCUUACUACUGGACAGCGAUGAGUUAAUGGGGGACAUUCUUGAUUAUUUGUUUUUUUUUCUUAGCUUUUAUUUAUUUAUUUUUUGCUUAAAUUAUUGAAUUCAAUUUUCUCUAAUGUAAAGGAUAUUUUAUUAAAAGGAUAUUAUUCCAGAAAGCAAAUGCAUUAUUUACCAAACAACUUGAAAUGAGUUUAAUAUUGAUCCUUAUUUGGCAUUUUUAUUUGUGGAUUAUUGUCCAGUAAAAGAAAGAAAGUUAAAAGACAAGUGUUCAAUAUAAAGUGUUCACUUUUUAUUAAUUUCAAAAGCAGUGGUGGAGGGCUCAGCCAUUGCUCCAUUAAAUCCCCACAAUGCUGUCUGACUUUACUAAACGGGCCACUCCACACACCUAAAGGUUCUGAAAUACUUUAUUUUUGAAAAUUGUGUAAUCUUUUUUAUACUUGAUAAAAAGUGCACAUUUCAACAGAAAAUGGCACUUUAAUAAAGUAAUCUUUACACCCCCUGCCUGUAAUUCAGACAACCAGAUUCAUCCUGUUACUUCCUGGUUUGGUUAGCUCAGUGGAGCUAAACUCAAGAGGUAACAAUUGCCCAGAGCACCUGCCUUGUAAAGACUUCUCAUUGAGCUGCACUGGGAAGCCUGUGAUUGGGCAGACACAGAAAGUCUGGGCGGGGUUAGAACGGGAGGGCUUGCAACAGAUCUUAGUUAGUUAUACUGGGUGGGUUUAUAUUAUUAACCGGACAAUACAUGCCCCCACACACGUUAGGUGCACUGUGUAGGUUAGGUUACAGUUAGUUAUAAUGGAUGGGUUUAUAUUAUUAAAGGGACACUCCAGGCUCCCACACACGUUAGAUGCACUGUGUAGGUUAGGUUACAGUUAGUUAUACUGGGUGGGUUUAUACACUGCUCAAAAAAAAUAAAGGGAACACUUAAACAACACAAUGUAACUCCAAGUCAAUCACACUUCUGUGAAAUCAAACUGUCCACUUAGGAAGCAACACUGAGUGACAAUCAGUUUCACAUGCUGUUGUGCAAAUGGGAUAGACAACAGGUGGAAAUUAUAGGCAAUUAGCAAGUCACCCCCAAUAAAGGAGUGGUUCUGCAGGUGGUGACCACAGACCACUUCUCAGUUCCUAUGCUUCCUGGCUGAUGUUUUGGUCACUUUUGAAUGCUGGCGGUGCUUUCCCUCUAGUGGUAGCAUGAGACGGAGUCUACAACCCACACAAGUGGCUCAGGUAGUGCAGCUCAUCCAGGAUGGCACAUCAGUGCGAGCUGUGGCAAGAAGGUUUGCUGUGUCUGUCAGCGUAGUGUCCAGAGCAUGGAGGCGCUACCAGGAGACAGGCCAGUACAUCAGGAGACGUGGAGGAAGCCGUAGGAGGGCAACAACCCAGCAGCAGGAUCGCUACCUCUGCCUUUGUGCAAGGAGGAACAGGAGGAGCACUGCCAGAGCCAUGCAAAAUGACCUCCAGCAGGCCAAAAAUGUGCAUGUGUCUGCUCAAAUGGUCAGAAACAGACUCCAUGAGGGUGGUAUGAGGGCCCGACGUCCACAGGUAGGGGUUGUGCUUACAGCCCAACACCGUGCAGGACGUUUGGCAUUUGCCAAAGAACACCAAGAUUGGCAAAUUCGCCACUGGCGCUCUGUGCUCUUCACAGAUGAAAGCAGGUUCACACUGAGCACAUGUGACAGACGUGACAGAGUCUGGAGAUGCAGUGGAGAACGUUCUGCUGCCUGCAACAUCCUCCAGCAUGACCGGUUUGGCAGUGGGUCAGUAAUGGUGUGGGGUGACAUUUCUUUGGGGGGCCGCACAGCCCUCCAUGUGCUCGCCAGAGGUAGCCUGACUGCAAUUAGGUACCGAGAUGAGAUCCUCAGAACCCUUGUGAGACCAUAUGCUGGUGCGGUUGGCCCUGUGUUCCUCCUAAUUCAAGACAAUGCUAGACCUCAUGUGGCUGGAGAGUUUCAGCACUUCCUGCAAGACAAAGGCAUUGAUGCUAUGGACUGGCCCGUCCGUUCCCCUGACCUGAAUCCAAUUGAGCACAUCUGGGACAUCAUGUCUCGCUCCAUCCACCAACGUCACGUUGCACCACAGACUGUCCAGGAGUUGGCAGAUGCUUUAGUCCAGGUUCCUCAGGAGACCAUCCGCCACCUCAUCAGGAGCAUGCACAGGCGUUGUAGGGAGGUCAUACAGGCACGUGGAGGCCACACACACUACUGAGCCUCAUUUUGACUUGUUUAAAGGACAUUACAUCAAAGUUGGAUCAGCCUGUAGUGUGUUUUUCUUGAGUGUGACUCCAAAUCCAGACCUCCAUGGGUUGAAAAAUUUAAUUUCCAUUUUUAAAUUUUUGUGUGAUUUGUUGUUAGCACAUUCAACUAUGUAAAGAACAAAGUAUUUCAGAAGAAUAUUUAAUUCAUUCAGAUCUAGGAUGUGUUAUUUUUGUGUUCCCUUUAUUUUAUUGAGCAUUGUAUUAUCAAAGAGACUCUCCAGGCUCCCACACACGUUAGGUACAGCUUUGUUCGACAAUGUAUUUAUUAAAAUGCAGUGAUUUUGGACCUGGGAUUUUCUCAUAACGUUUUCCACCCAGUUUUUACCAACAAUAGUAAAUGUAACAUUUGUAUGAAAUAUAGAUUACAGAGCAUGAACAUAAAAUCAAAUCUAAACAGUUAUUUAGUGUAUUGAUUGUAGUUAUCUGUUUGUAGUUAUGCAAUAUCUAAUAGAUACUUAUCACAAUGUUAUAGUAUGCAAUAUUUCUCUGCCAUGAAAUACAGAGAUUUCUGAAGUACGUUUAUUUUUUAACUACGUGCAUCCAAUGCCAUUGAGCAUGAUAGAGCAAUGAAAGGUGAAUCCCUGUGUAAUUUACAUGUGUGAUUCGAUUUUAGCCAUGUGCAUGCGCUCCUCGAGCAGUAACUGAUGUGAUUAGCAUUAUGCUGAUUAAUUCCAGUUUUGCAGCUGACAUCAUUUAGAUUAUUGAUACCAUGUCAUAUAACCCGGCACUAGACUGCCACCCGUUCUGGUCCCUGCAAUUCACUCUUUUAGUGAAUGUGAUGGAAAAAGUGAUCUAUAUAGCUUUCUUUUUCUUUUUUUUUAAUUGCUCUUUGCUUGAAGCUCCUGUGUGCUUGUGAUAAUGAGUUAUAAAUGAGUAUGUAUGAAGAGGGGGCGUUCUAAAAUGCUAGGCUGAGAGUGCUGAGGGAGGCUUAGCCGAGCACCCUUGAUGAGACUAGGGAGCGAGCAGUCUCUCAAUUCUUAGAAGAGCCCCAGUUUUUGUCAAACUACUUGUAAGAUGUAGACACCAUAAUCACUUCACUGAGCUGUAGUGGUUAAUUAUGUUGCUUGAAGUGGAGUUUGAUUCAAUAAAAUAUAUUUAAUUACUGUUUAAGAUUCCUGGCUUUCCUAGUUGGGCUUACUGGACUUGACAGCAGGAACGUGCAGACAAGUGUUUUAACAAUCAGACAUGAAUGUCUACAUAAGGAAAUGGAGAUCUGUACGAGCUGGACGAGACGCAGAGACUAUUAAGUGAUUGAGGCAUCAGGUUGUAUGGCAGCGAGGGUAAAUGCACUGAAUGACAGGAGGGAGAGUUAUUUCUGUAUCAAUAUAGGAAGUGGAUAUAAAGAAGCCUUAGGCAUCUAAGGUGAUGCUAUGGAAAGCAGGAAAUGCAGAGAUGUACACAGCUCAUCCUGCCCGUACUUUCUAAUGGUUUGUAACAAUUACAAUUCCCCUUCUAGCUAUUAAAAUGUUUUAAAAUGUUGGAACCCUGCAGAGUAUUGAAUGGAUUAAACAGAUUUUAUGGGAAAUGAAUGUCGUAUUUAGUUCUUUUUACAUAUUGGAAAAUGAUGUAUAAAGCAAACCAUUAAUUUUUUUAAUAUUCCCUUCCCGUCUUAUAUUAUAAAAGGUUACACAAGGAGUUAUAUAGUGCUUCACCACCCCCACUACCCCAAAAGUCAAAAAGGAGGCAGAUUAAUGAUUAUUUUUUUUGUUUUUGGUGAUAUUAAUAGUUAAUCCCUACACCCAUUACUAUUAGCUCCUCGUAUCUUUGCCCAGGAGAAGUUUGGCAUUAAACCAUAUAUAUUUGUGUUUUGUGAGUUUGACAGUGGGAUGAAUUCACUAACCCAUCAGAGUUACCCAUUAAAGUUUGAAUUGUAAAGAUUAAAAAAAAAAAACAAAAAAAAACCCAUUUUAGACAAAAAUGGUCACAUUUUCAGAUAUUUAUUUUUCAAUUCAGUGAUUUUGGCCUAAUAGUUUAAAUGAACACGCCAGUGCCCAAAUGCAAAACAAAUAAAAAUCACUCCUUAAUAGAUUUACCCCAAUUACAAACAUACAUACAUACAUUUAAUUAUACAUUUUUUUUCCCAUUGGAAGAUAUACCUAAAAACAGCUUGUAAAACCUGUGGAUAUCUAGUCUACAGUCUUUGCAAGCCCUCUUCUAACCCCGCCCAGACUUUCUGUUGCUGUCCAGUCACAGACUUCCCAAUGCAGCUCAAUGAGAAGUCUUUGCAAGGCAGGUGCUCUGGGCAGUUGCUGCCUCGAGUUUAGUUCCACUGAGCUAAGCAAACCAGGAAGCAGGGCCGCCAUCAGGGGGUGACAACCAUAACGGUUGACACGGGCCCAGCGGCCCUGGGGGGGCCCGGACUUCCGAGCCCCACGUGUAGCGGCGGAACUGCACACUGAUGGCGCCUAUCGGGUGGCCCCUGUAUCUUCAGGGGCCCAGUCAGUGCUGCGGCCGUGCAAUAGCGCGACUGGGUCCCUUUAAAAAAAUUGCAGCCGCAAAGUACGGCUGGGAGGAAGUGGCCGUCACUUCCUCCCAGCUCCCUUCCCUCCACGCCGCACUGGAGGGAAGAAAGCCAUUAUGCUGGAGCCACUCGGACUCUCAUCAGCCACAGCCUUCCACCUGCAAAAAAAGGUAAGAAAAAUUAGCUGUGUAUGUGUAUGUCAGUAUGUCUGUGUGUGUGUCAGUAUGUCUGUGUGUGUGUCAGUAUGUCUGUGUGUGUCUGUAUGUAUCUGUUACGCUACUAGGGGUGAUUUGGAUUGGAACUCAACUGCAGCUUGUAAACUCCCUAAUUACAAUUGUGAAGAAACUGAGAAUCUUUAAAGUAUCAAUACUGUAGCUUUAAGAAAGGAGAAAAUCACUGGUAACUUGAUUCAACCAAAGUUUUAAUAAAAGUGUUAAACUUAAAUGAAUUGCAUUGAGGCAAUAAUCCAAUAAGAAGAAGUGCAAGUAAUCAACAACAAAAGUUCAUUAAUAAGUAUUUCCUUAGAGAUGCAUUAAAGGACCACUAUAGUGCCAGGAAAACAUACUCGUUGUCCUGGCACUAUAGUGCCCUGAGGGUGCCCCCACCCUCAGGGAUCUCCUCCCGCCCGGCUCUGGGGAGAGGAAAGGGGUUUAAACUUACCUUUUUCCAGCGCCGGGCGGGGAGCUCUCCUCCUUCUCUCCUCCUCCGUUCCUCCCCGUCGGCUGAAUGCACACGCGCGGCAAGAGCUGCACGCGCAUUCAGCCCGUCGCAUAGGAAAGCAUUUACAAUGCUUUCCUAUGGACGCUUGUGUGCUCUCACUGUGAUUUUCACAGUGAGAAUCACGCAAGCGCCUCUAGCGGCUGUCAAUGAGACAGCCUCUAGAGGAUUAGGGGGAAGGCUUAACCCAUUCAUAAAGCUAUGUUUAUAAAAAAAAUGGGUUAACCCUAGAAGGACCUGGCACCCAGACCACUUCAUUAAGCUGAAGUGGUCUGGGUGCCUAGAGUGGUCCUUUAAGUAACAUUCUUUAGGUAAAUGAGAAUAAUCUUCAGUAGAAACAAUAAGCAAGUAGCUGAGAAUAUUUGCAGAGCUAGAACAGUUCAUAGUGAAUAAACAUGAUGGGAAUUGUCCUCCAUAUAAUUAGUAGCUUGUAGCAUUGAGUGUCUUUACAAAGCAAGAAACAGUUCAUAGUGAAUAAGCAUGAUGGGAGUUGUCUUCCAUAUAAUUAGUAGCUUGUAGCAAUGAAGAUUUGAGUAAGCAAGCAUUAGUUCAUUAUUAAAUGAUAUUGUAGACAAAUAGCUGAAAGACAUACUUAAGGUUAAUAUGUGUAGUCCUCCAAUAGUUCAGAGAUAUGGUCCACUUGUAAAGUAGCAAAGUAUCCGUUCUCCAGUAAUCCUUUAUGGCAUGCAGCAAUCCUUGCAUUGGCUCAAAGGCUGGAACGGCUUGUCUGAGCUUGUGGAGAGGUAAGUCUGGUGGAAGUAGCUCCCAGUAGCUGAGCCUGGGGAGCCCGCGGUCUCGCAGAGGCAGCUCAAGCACCCUCUCUCUGACCCAGUCUCCCUAAAUACCGUCAGAGCUGUGUCAGAGGGGGCCGGGUCCGGCUCCUCACAGCUGAGUGCCGAACCCGGAAGUGUUACUCCAUGACAGUAUGUAUGUAUGUCAGUGUGUUUAAGUCAAUAUGUGUAUGUAUGCAUGUCUGUCUGUGUGUAUGUAUCUGAAUGUAUUUCAGUAUGUAUGUAUAUGUCUGUGUCUGUCUGUUUAUAUAUGUAUGUAUGUAUGUCAGUAUGUGUGUGUGUGUGUGUGUGUAAUUAUGUCCUUAUGCAUGUGUGUGCAGUGUGCAUACGACUUUGUUCAUAUUGUGCCUGUGUGUCUGUGUGUAUGUAUGGCAGUAUGUGUGUAUGUAUGUAUGUCAGUAUGUAUGUUUGUGUGUUUAAGUCAGUAUGUGUAUGUAUGCAUGUCUGUCUGUGUGUAUGUAUCUGUAUAUAUUUCAGUAUAUAUGUAUAUGUCUGUGUCUGUCUGUUUAUAUAUGUAUAUAUGUCAGUAUGUGUGUGUGUAUUUAUGUCCUUAUGCAUGUGUGUGCAGUGUGCAUACGAAUUUGUUCAUAUUUUUUAUUAUCCGGCCCCCAACAGUGUCUGAGGGACCGUGGACUGGCCCCUUGUUUAAAAAGUUUGAGGACCCCUGUCAUUAUGUAUGUAUGUCAUUAUGAAUGUAUGUCUGUAUCUAUGCAUGUAUGUCAGUAUGAAUGUAUGUCUGCAUGUCAUUAUGAACGUGUGUAUGUGUGUAUGGAUGUCAGUAUAUAUGAAUGUAUAUAUGUAUGUCUGUAUAUAUGCGUGGAUGCCAGUAUGAAUGUAUGCCAUUAUGAAUGUAUGUCUGUGUAUGUAUAUGUGUAUGGAUGUCAGUGUCUGUAUGAAUGUAUGUUUGUCAGUAUGUAUGUAUGUAUAUAUGUAUGUAUGCCAGUAUGAAUGAAUGUAUGUCUGAGUGUAUGUAUGUCGGUGUAUGUAUGUGUAUGUCCUCAUGCAUGUGUGUCUGUAUGUAUGUUAGUAUGUGUCUAUCUGUCACUAUGUAUGCCUGUGUGUCUGUAUGUGUGUGUCAGUACGUAUGCCUAUAUGCGUGUAUGUCUGUUUCAGUAUGUGUGUCUGUUAGUAUGUAUCUUUGUGUGUGUGUGUGUGUGUAUCUGUGUCCUUUUGUAUCAGUGUGUGUUUUUGUGUCUGUGUGUGUGUUCUCCUGUGGGCGGGAUUUUGAGGCGGACCCUGUGCGCGGGAUUGGAGGCGGGCCCCAGGGGGCCCAGACCCUGAGCUGAGUUAGGGGCCCCAAAAUUUCUGGUGGCGACCCUGCCAGGAAGUAACAGGACCUGUUGUCUGAUUGACAGCCAGGGGGGUGUAACAAGGUCACUCUUCACAUAUAAAGCAUAUAAAGCAUUUCAGCAAACUAAAGUAAUUUGGGUUUGUGGACUAUUUCUCUAAAUCCACAUGGAAUCCAUUGAAUUCCUGACAAUUCACUCUUUGGUAAAUAAGCUGGAGAGAGUUGCAGUAUGAUUUUUUUUUUUGGCGUUUCUCUAUCUGGUCUUAACUUUGCUUCUUACUGAUACUGUGUUGUGAAUUAAUAUACAGAAUAGUAUUUUUCGCUCCGUAGAAUAGAUGAUCAUAAAGUAGGAAUGACAUUAGUUUCUGUUAUAACCAGUCUCCAUUUGUAAUGUAUCGGCUGUAAUCUCGAUGGUGUGAUGUUAGCAGAGACUGUAAAUGUCUUAGGAAUUGCUCCGGUUUCUGUUUUGGCAAUGUGGGUGGAGAGAAAAAUGAACACCAAAGUGGUUAAAUAAAUAUUCAACAAUCUCGUCAGAGAAACGGCAAAAAUGAAAACCCAAUCUGAACUGGAAUUAAUGUCUCAGGAUGAGAACAAGUGGAAUUUUGUGAUUUGUGAUCACGUUAUUUAAUAAUUGUUUUCUGAUACUGUCCUUAAAACAUUUGAGAAUGUGGUUUUGUAUAAUUAUUUAUUUAACUUAGCGUCUGCAAAAGGGCUGGAUUUGAUAUAAGGCCACUGAGGCCAAAGAUCUCCCACACUUGCCAGCCCAUUCUCCAGUAGUGGGGCCAAACCAAUGGGAAGAUCUUCUCAGCCCUGUUCGAUCUAAUUCACUGGCCCUGAUCUGUUGCAUCAGAACAUUGCCGUUGGUUACCCCAGCAACUCCCAAUGCUGGUGGAUAACGAUGAUUGCUGAAGUUCUCUUGCAUUGAGUAACAUUGUAGUCCAUCACUCAGUAUACAUGUAUACAUAUGUUGUAUCCUGACAUGCGAGUGUUCUGAAUGCCUACAGUGGUUCUUUUCUUAGAGAUAUGAUUUUGUUAAAGGCCAUUCUAAUAUAUUGGAGCCUGAGUUUAUUUGGGAGAAUUCAAGCAUAAAAUCUGUUUUGUACUUUUAUAAAUAUAGCUUAAAUGAAGGUCCUUCAGAUCUGUAUCUAACAUGUAUUAUAUUUUGUAUAAUGUCUCCAGAGGAGGAGCUGCUACCUUUUACUGGUAAGUACUGUGAUACAUAAUCUCAGGAUUAAGAGAGUGAGUUAAUCACAUUUUUAAUAUUAUUUGUUGUCUUUAUAUCGUUUUAUUAGUGCGUUGAUACACAAUUUAUAUGUUUGUGUUACCAGUAGCCUGUCAUUUUGUUUUUACUUUUAUUUUUAGUAGACUUUCUAUAAUAUUUUAUAAAUAGCCAGCUAUUUUGGGUAAAACGUGUUUAAAUUUGGACUUGUGAUAGGGCACAGUUUUCCCACCCGGUUAGAUGGAAACACUUCUGGUAUAUCUGUUAGUUGUAGAGUUGGCAGAGUGUCACUGCCUGGGGAAGUGGCUGAUGACUGCGUUCGCAGGCUCAUUCUCUGCCUGACCUCGUCCUGCUUACAACUAAGCAAUGAGAAGAUGGUUGAUACAAUUGUUGACUAUGUUCUACAAAAUGUUUUAGACAGAACUGAAGGAUGUUUAAGGAUUCCCUAGCCUCUAACUGGGAGAUAUGGUUAAGAAUGUAUGAUACUGGCUUUUCGUCGCUUGGACAAUGAGUAAGUACUGAUAAUAUCACAUUGCAAUAUUUGGAUGUGUCCUUCGAGGGCCAUAUGUAAGGCUUUAGAGUUUCUGUGGGAGAGAGUAUCUCGAUAAUAGAUUGCAAGUUCUGAGGUUCCAAACCAAUGCCAUAAACAGUUUGCAGUCUUUUCCAUCUCCAAAGAACAGAAAGUAUUCAUAAAGUCUGCCUAGUGUCUGGGUACCUGUCAUUCCUUUUUUGUAUAGAUAUUUUGUAGGAUUGAUAGUAUUUUAUACUUAUUCUCUGGACCCUAUAAAAGUUGUCGGAGAUGUGACACAGUUAAUAUUUGAAAACCAAAAGAAUCUGUUUAGAUAAAAUACACAAACUAAUGAGGUUACACAGACAAGAUAAUGUUUUUAAAAUUAUACACAGCUACUGAAAGUCCGUCUCAAGUAAUAAAUGCGGGAGUCUAAUCAAAUAUUACGUUCAAUCUGUGUGAAUCCAAGAACUAUGUCAAAGUGCCCCCAUAUUUAUGUACCAUUAUUGUUGCAUUGUCCAUGAUUUUGCCGUAAAAGGGAUGUGUCAUUUCGGCGUCAGUCAUCUCCAUAAAGUUCGGUCACCCUGCAGAGCAGACCAACCUACACAAAGUGCUUUAACAUAGGUGGAGAACUCACAAACAUGUUGUCAUUUCUUUGGUGUCCUCAGGACUGUUCUGCCUAAUUUGGGACAGUUGACAACAAUGCUACAAAGUAACUCAAAAUUGGGUCAUGAUGUAAGUGUGAACAAAGCAAAAACUAAAUGAUACCCUUACUGUUAUAUUUGCCUGCGAUUUUGAUUAUCUCUGUUAACCUAUAAACGUUAGACGACCAAUUUCAUUUUUACUUUGUUUAUUGACCCCCAGUGGUUCAUUGUUUCUAUAUAUGUGUUGAUAUGCAUUCUGCUGCUUUACUCCUCUCCCUCUGCCUUAAAUAGAAUCUGUUUUUAUACCGAUGAACCUCAUUUGCCCUGUGCGUGAUAAUUGUGAUCAACCUCAAGGCUAAUGGCCUGCUUGCUGUAUGUGACCUUAUUGCUUUAUACUUCGUUGAAACUGUUAUUCACAUGGGAAGAGCAGCCUUUUAAACAUAUUGAUUAGCCUUCUCCGAAAGGGUAACCGGAUCGAGGUGGGUUUUCUCGGCCUUGAAAUUUACACUCGAUAUUAAUGUUGUGCACAGUGUUUCUGCAGAAUGUGAAACAUGUUAAAUUAUCCCUUCUAACAGUAAUUAGUACUGCAAUGAUUCUGUGCUUAUACACAUCACUGGGCGGCAAGAGGGGCAGGUGGGAAAAUCCCCCCCAUCUCUUCCCAUAGUAAGAAGGUGGUGAUCUCAUUCACUACAGUGAAUAUUAUAAAUAAAAUACAUUCAUUUCUCAGACCAUAUCUUGCCUGUGCUGCUUCUUGAAUUUCUUUUUUUUUUUUUUAAGCAUUAAUAAAGCACCUAACUCAUGGACCAAUGUCUUAACACCAUCUCAGAAUCUGUUUUUUAAGAGCGUUAGUGACAAACUGGGGAGGGGGGUGUAAAAAGAAUAAUUUUUGUACAUGGUACCUAAAGUACAAUAAUGCAUCCCUUAUAUAACUUUUUCCAGAGUUGUUUCUUAAAGGGACAUUAGAGACAACAAAACAACUUUAGCUCAAUGAAGCAGUUUUGGUGUCUAGAUAAUGCCCCUGCAGCCUCACUGCUCAAUUAUCUGCCAUUCAGGAGUUAAGUCACUUUUAUAGAGUCCUGGUCACACCUCCCUACAUUUGACUUAUACAGCCUUCCUAAACAAUUCCUGUAAAGGGUCAUCUAAUGUUUACACUUCCCUUAGUGUACAUUCUGUUUAAAGGGACACUCCAGGCACCAAAACAAAUUUAUCGACAUGAAAUUGUUACAGUACCAGGAGGCCCCCUGUAAGCACCAUUACCCCAAAUGGUUAAAACGUUCUCGAAGUGAUUCCUCUACAAUAAGAAUAUUACAAUAAGAGUCACAUAUUCUGAGAGUCAAUUACAAUGUCUCUUAGACUAAAGUUUCAGAUUGAUAGAGAUUGCUACGUCUGCUGGGAGAUCCCUUAUAUAAUACCAAGCUAUACACUGUGUCUGAUUGUUAUGAUACCUAUAAUAUACUUGCUACAUCAUGUGAAUUUGCAGGUGUCUAAUGACCUCCUUAUGCAGACAGCACCAAGGUAUUUCAUAGCAUUGUACAAUGUGUUCAAGACAUACAAGUAAAUAUUAUGAAAACAAUUUUGAUAUACAGAAACGAGAGGUGAUGGUAUCCCGUGCAGCCAAGUUUCAAUGGAAAUAGGUGUUCAGUGAGUUACAAUUAAUAUAGAUUGAUAGGUACACACUAUAAAACUACAGUUAACAUGUAACAGACUGAAGGCCUAAUGCUUACUAGCAAACCGUAUGAAGUCAUUAUUAUCGUCCCCUUUAAAAUACGGGGGCUAAUUUACUAAAAAUUUCUAUGAGAUUGUUAAUAAUUAACUUGUGAAAUUUAGCUAAUAUAAAAGACGUUUUAUUUUACUGUCUCAAGUCACUGUUUCAGAUAUCAAAUAAGCUCCAAUGCUGGGUAAUUCACUAAAUGGGGAAUUAAAGGGUUACUCCAAGCAUCAUAAACGCUACAGUGGGCUGGCUGGUUUUCUGGUAAUGGGACAAACUGUUAAGUAAGAGUUUGCCCUCAUACCUGGGUUCCUGCUGGGCCCGGAGACUCCUUUCCCCCCUGGUUAUGUGCUUCCAUCUUCUGCAGAUCCAAGAAAUUGAUCCAGUCACCAUUCAUUGUCUGAAAGCAUCAGCUGACCGCUCUCAGCCAAAGAGCGGCACACUGUUCACGAUAAUUCGCACGGAAAUUAAAUUAAACUUGUUCCGGGCUGGCUAAUGAAACCCCUAUCGCGCUGGCAGAGAUGGAGUUACACAUUCGGCAGCAAAACUCUGUAUGUUCAACGUUUCAUACUGAAACACUGCAUAUACAGACUCCAGGCACCAUGACCACUUCAAAACACUGGCAUGGAGCAUCCCUUUGACAAGAAAACUGCACAUUUUAGGCUAAAAUAGGUAAACUGGAAAAAUAAUUCUGCUAUUUUGACCAUAAAUUGGAAAUUCCCUUGUUGAUUCUUUACAAUUCCUCCGGCAAGUGGAUAACUCUGUCAGUCACUAUGUAGCAACUAUGUAGUCUCUUAAUCUUCUGUGUAAAUGCUCCAUUCCAGCCUUCUCUGGCACUGCACCACGUCUGAAGGACUUGAUACGGUAUCAAAGGAAGUGUCUAAGGUAUCAGUGCUGACAUUAAAGGGUGUCUGAGGGAGCUGUCGGGAUUGACAGAGUAUCGUAUAUCAUGGGAAUUAAAGACACUGCAGAUGUCAUUAGGCUGAAAAAUUCUUCACAGCCUCUUCUUAAUUAAUUGUGGCAUCAUUAUCAGUUUAAAGGCGUAACGUAUGUACUUAUAUCUUUCAUUGUGGAUUUAUAGUUUUUCUUUAUUGUUGUGAAUUACACAAUUUAAUAUCUAUGGAAUAGUGUUAAUAUUAACGUUGAAUGGACCUGAAAAGGAUGAUGAUAAAUGGGGAAAGUUUAAUGGUAAUAUAUAUAUGAAAAGAUUUUGAGGCAUUCACACAGUCGACAAAAAAACAAAAAGUAUGUGAAAAAAAUACCUAAACUCUAUAUAUGUGCAAUCAAAUCUGCAGGAAAAGCAAUUUCUAUACGCUACAAGGAAGGUAUGUACAAUUUAUACAUAGAUCAGAAACACAUAUAUAUUUCAUUUUUGUCUUUGAGGUGUAAUUCCAGAUAUAGCCACAGGGGGCAUAUGGUAAAACCUUUGGCUUGUCUUAAAGGUCACAGCCAGAAGCUUUAAGUGGGCUUUUAAUAGAGGCCCCUCUUGUCAUUCUCUUUGUGUAUUUGUAUCCCACCUCACUGGUUUCUUUCUCUGGGGGAACAAGGCCCCUUUGGAUAGACUAGCGUCCCUAAGUACAACAUGGGAUGUGUCUGGGCCAAAUAGAUGGAGCUCACAGAAAAGGAUGGUCUCAUCCUAAAGCAGGCACAGAUUUACAGGUUUAUCUGGCAUUGUGGGAACGAAUGGACUUUACUCCUGCUCAGAGAUUUCUAUACUAUCUGAGACUUUCAGGCAAUAUGUAUCAAACUCUGUAAAUUCCUUGAAAUGGCUGAGUUUGAAUGUAUAUGUUUCCCAUCAUUAGCAGACGGUAGAGAGGCUUUGAAAAACGUGUGGCAUUUCGGCCACCAUACAUUGUGCCAGUGCAGCCUGUGUGUGUCCUAUCAUGUAAACAUGGGCAGAACCUCUGGACCUGGCAUGACUGUGAGGCAUGGGCGACGUUACCAGCACACCCUUAAUGGACCCUGGUAAGAGCAGUGUGUCCCUAAUUUGGUGGGUCAGCCAUGAACUAGGAUUAGUCUGUUAAAUGAUACCUCUCAAGUGUCCUUAAUUUGGUGGGACAGUCCUGAGCUAGGAGCAAUGUGUUAAAUCAUACCUCCCAAGUGUCAUUAAUCUGGUAGGACAGUCCUGAAAUGGGAGCAGUGUGUUAAAUCAUACCUUCCAAUUGUCCAUAUUCUGGUUGGACAGUCCUGAAACAGGAGCAGUGUGUUAAAUCAUACCUCCCAAGUGUCUUUAAUUGGUUGGAACAGUCCUGAGCUAGGAGCAGUCUGUUAAAUCAUACCUCCCAAGUGUCCUUAAUUUGGUGGAACAGUCCUGAGCUAAGAGCAGUCUGUUAAAUUAUACCUCCCAAGUAACUUUAAUCUUAUGGUACAGUCUUGAACUAGGAGCAGUGUGUUACAUCAUACCUCCCAAGUGUCCUUAAUCUGGCGGGACAGUCCUGAAUUAGAGCAUUGUGUUAAACCAUACCUCCCAAAUGUCCUUAAUCUGGUGGGACAAUCUUGAACUAGGAGCAGUGUGUUAAUUUAUACAUCCCAAGUAACUUUAAUCUGAUGGGCCAGUCUUGAACUAGGAGCAGUGUGUUAAAUUAUAGCUCCCAAGUGUCCUUAAUCUGGUGGGACAGUCCUGAACUAGGAGCAGUCUGUUAAAUUAUACCUCCCAAGUAACUUUAAUCUGAUGGUACAAUCUUGAACUAGGAGCAGUGUGUUGCAUCAUACCUCCCAAGUGUCCUUAAUCUGGCAGGACAGUCCUGAACUAGAGCAGUGUGUUAAACCAUACCUACCAAGUUUCCUUAAUCUGAUGGGACAAUCUUGAACUAGGAGCAGUGUGUUAGAUCAUACUCCCAAGUGUCCCUAAUUUGGUGGGACAGUCGUGAAUUGGUAUCCAUGUUCCACACAUCAGAUGAGAAAAGCAAGUUAGAAAUCACAAUAAAGCUCCUAUAGAUGUAGACGGAGCUUUGUAAGUCUGUGCCAGGACAGUUCUGCACAUACGAGAGUGCUACAGCAGUACCAGCUAAGGUCGAACAAGGAUUACAUUAAAUUUUUUUCAACCAAACCGUAAUUGAAAAUGAAAUGGUUUUGCCUCUUCUCCAGCCCUGUCUCAUGCUGCCCCCAUUCCUACCACCCUGUUUUGGGACUAAAUAAUUAUGUAUAUUUAAUAGGUCUCAAUCAAACACUAGUCAAAGGCUCUACACCAUCAAAGAUAAUGGUUUUGUUGAACCUAGCAUUUGCCAAUUUUCUAAAGAAGAGACUUACAGGGUUUUAAACACAAACACAAACAACAACCUUCACAAAGCACUGUCAAAAUCUUCAGUGAUUGUAGAAGCUUUUAACCGCAGUAAAUAACUACUGUAUAACAAAUGACUUUUAAAACAUUACGAGCCAGACUGAUAUUGUAGGUACACAGUCUGUAUGUGUUUUCUGUCUGUGUACAAAUCACAAGUGUGAAUAGUCUGUGUACACUGGCAUUGUAUGAAUACAGGACCAAUUGAUCUGUGAUAAAAGUGAUGCUGAGUCUGACAAUAGCAAUUAGCCAUUGUCAUCACCAGCUGUCAUUUCGGAAUUAUUCCGUCUGCUAACACAUAAUUAAUGAGAUUUGUAAAACCAGGAAAGACCUUGAAAAUACGAAGGAUGUGCUGUAUUUAGCCGUACAAAGGUAGCUUUUCACGUAAGGCAAUCUCUAACUAUUUACAAUAUUUAUUCGAUAAGGAAAACCUGCUUAGAAUUCACUUUCAGCGCCCAAUGCUCUAGAAGUGGAAACCUGCGUAAUGGGUUAAUAGUGACUACGAGUGAAUGGGCAAAUACUACCCACUUGUUAACAUGCUGCAGUGAUAAGUUAUAUAUAUAAAAAGUCUGAUUUAAAAUCAUGGUCUUCACUUCCCUUUGAUUGGCUUGACCCGCUGUAAGAUUAUUAAUGCCUACGGUCAGCCAACCGUCACUUUGCGGAGUUAUCAAAGUCAAUAUUGCUGCCUUGGGUCUGGUAAAUCAUGGUAAGAAUUAGUGGUAACAAUUAAUAGGGGUUUACCCCAAAUGAUCACUUUGUGGGUACCCCUAGCCUUAGUCCGCUUUCAAAGACUAGGCUGAACUAGCCUUGAGGAGUCAGUGACAGUCUGUAGGUAGAAUUCUUCAUGAAUAUGCGUUACCGAAAUGCCGGGUAAUCACUUUCUAUAAUGUCUCAUACUUACCUGGAAAAAUUGCAGUCUGGUAACAUUCUGUUUCUAUCCUUGAACAGUCUCAAAAGAUCUCAUGUGAUUUUCUUGCCCAGCAACUGAAAAUAACAUAUCACUAUGAGUGUGCCAAUACGCUGCCAUUCGCUGAGAUAUUUAAUGAUAAACUGUCAUAUGUGGGAUUACAACAUAGUUACAUCCUUAAAGAGACACUCAGUUUUUUGUAGUGGUUAUGGUGUUGUGAAUAUGUCCCUAUCAGCUUACCUUGCAAAUAUAUAUUCUUCAUUUUUAUCUUGGCUGUCAUCUCCCGGGUACCAAGCUCCUUCCAACUAACGUCACAUGGAGAAUAAUGACUUCCUCAUUCAGCCUUCCAUGUACUUAUGUGAACACUCACUGCCAAGCUCGUAUCGUGCAAGUCUGACUUGUACCUGUACAUGGGUUGCUGAAUGAGCAUAGUCAUUUGGAGCAGGUGGGAGGUGAUGUCUUAGCAGGAUAGAUUAAAUACAAUUGAGCUAUGAUUUCUGGGUAAGUAUGCAGUACGCAGGUACAGCUUCAUAGUACCAUAACCACUGCAGUAAACACAUUAUUUAUUUUAGUGCUUGGAGACUCUGUUCAGUACAAGAACAUUAAAAAAGCAGCUUUUAAAAAAAUUAUUUUAAUUUGACACAAACUUAGUAACUAGCCGCAGCGGAUAGCGUUGUCCUCAGAAUAGUUGGAAACGCCACGCACGUGGUAAGGAUAAAAUACGAUUUUUACUUACUUCUACUAAUACUACGAUGUUUCUCUUUUAAUAUUUUAGUAUUUACUAAUCUACUGAAAUGAAUAAACACUAAAAGCUUCAAAGAGAAACAGCAAUGUAUUUCUGUAAUCUCUGGUGUAAUGUAGAAUACGUAGAAACAUUUGUGGAUCAGUCAUUUGGAAUAUUCGCGUGUCUUUUCUUUCUCGAGAUGGCCUAGUCAUAUCAUGACUCUAUGAAAGGGGACAAAACAUGGAUUUGAAUUUGGGUGAAGAGUAGCUAGGUGGAAUUUUCUGCAAAUUGGUUUAGCAAAGAAGGAAAAUGGCACAGAGCGACAAGAAACCUAAAACUGCUGGGUGGAGUUACCCUUUACCCUCUGUAAUACCUACCGGCGCGUUUCACAGCUACGAAGCAGGGAAUUAUCAGUCAGCAGCUUCUUAGUCUGUUACAUCAUUCUUCUUUCAAGGUCACUGGAUCCAGUGACAUCACACUAUAACCAGAUUCACGUAAAAGCAACGAUAAAAAAUGCUGUUUUUUCCAAUGAACCAAUCUGCACUCUGGAAUUUUUCAUUUCUUAUUUCAGGAUAGGAAGGUUCCCGGUAAAUGUGACAAUUCCAACCCAUAAUGUUGGCCAAACUGGCCAUAAAUAUGUCAGAAAUGGCUGUAAAGAAUAGGAUUGAAAGAAUAGGUAAUAUGUCGAAAGUAGCUGCCAUAUCUGUUUUGGAGUGAAACCAUGCCAGAUUGCUGGAGGUAUGUUGUAUCACCAGUGUCCAGCUGCAAAACCCAAAGGCUCAGGAGUAAACCUGUAUAUUCAUAAAGAUCAUGGGCAGAAUGUUGGUUUAAUAGAGCAAAUGCAAAUCCACACGCUUUCCUUUUUAAGAGACUAGAGUGCUCUUAACAUAGCUUAGAAAUCAUGUAUGUACGUAGCGGGGAAUGUGGUGCGACUAAGAGUAAGGAGACUACCCCAAUUCUCCCCCCAAUAAUGACAAACAACGAAUAUUGGAUGAAACAGGCCACAGCAUUUAUUAAACUUACAACUGUAGGACUCAUCCGAACUUUAUUCUUUUUCUUUAAUUCAAAUAUAAAUAAACAGAUAAAUAUACAUACAUACCAUAAUUAACAUAUAAAUUACACUUAUUGCCCUACAGCCUCCAACUUAAAUAACCGUCCUUGCCAACAAACUUAACCAGGUGCCUAUGCACCAAAACUUUACCCACUGGGGCCUCGCCUCCCCCCUCGUCCAAACCAAAAAUUCAUCAUCCUAAAUGCUCUACCACCAGCCGUUUUUUUGCUCGGUGGGCACGUCUUAUUCGGUAACUUAAAAGUUUACCUUACAGAGCAGGGGAGGUUGAGACCCACCAUGCCCAUCUCCUGACAUUCCAUCUGCUCCCCAACCCUGUUGGCAAGGACACGCUCCCCGCUAGCUGUGACGGAACAAAAACAGAAAAUUAGGGUGGGUGGGUGGGUGGGUGGGAAGUUGUUUGCUGGCCAGAAUCCCAAAAGGCACUGAGUUAAGAUGAUCCCUGCCCCACUUCAAACCCAUAACCACUCCCCUAAACACAUAUAGCCAAUCACUAGCACCAUCCCCACACUCAUACAUGUGCCCUUGUCCGUUUAGCUAUGCUGACUCCCCAGGGCCUGUCAAUGGAUUCCAGUUUCUUUGUAAAUGUAGAUUAACUUUGUAGGAAUGUCCUUCUGAAUAACACAGUUCUGCCCUGAAAUCUGUAAGAUUCAGCACCUCGACUUUCACGCCUGUAUUACCAGUUCAUUUCUAUUCUCCCGUGUCCUCUCUACCCUAAUCUCCUUUAAUAUUACCUUUUACGAAUUAUUCAUCCUUAUUAGAGAGGUUCUGAAACCUUUUAUCCUGGAUUUGUCAAUGACAAUGAUUUCUGUUCGUUGAUAAGACUUUGGGUUCAUAAUAUUAAGGAAACACUAUAGUGUCAGGAACACAAACGUGUAUUAUUAUUAAAGGGACACUUCAAGCUCCCACACACGUUAGGUGCACUGUAUAGGUAAUGUUACAGUUAGUUAUACUGGGUGGGUUUAUAUUAUUAAAGGGACACUCCAGGCCCCCACACGCGUUAGAUGCACUGUGUAGGUUAGGUUACAGUUAGUUAUACUGGGUGGGUUUAUAUUAUUAUAGGGACACUCUAGGCUCCCACACACGUUAGAUGCACUGUGUAGGUUAGGUUAUAGUUAGUUAUACUGGGUGGGUUUAUAUUAUUAAAGGGACACUCCAGGCUCCCACACACGUUAGGUGCGCUGUGUAGGUUAGGUUACAGUUAGUUAUACUGGGUGGGUUUAUAUUAUUAAAGGGACACUUCAGGCUCCCACACAGGUUAGAUGCACUGUGUAGGUUAGGUUACAGUUAGUUAUACUGGGUGGGUUUGUAUUAUUAAAGGGACACUCCAGGCUCCCACACACGUUAGAUGCACUGUGUAGGUUAGGUUACAGUUAGUUAUACUGGGUGGGUUUAUAUUAUUAAAGGGACACUCCAGGCUCCCACACACGUUAGAUGCACUGUGUAGGUUAGGUUACAGUUAGUUAUACUGGGUGGGUUUAUAUUAUUAAAGGGACACUCCAGCUCCCACACACGUUAGAAGCACUGUGUAGGUUAGGUUACAGUUAGUUAUACUGGGUGGGUUUAUAUUAUUAAAGGGACACUCCAGGCUCCCACACACGUUAGAUGCACUGUGUAGGUUAGGUUACAGUUAGUUAUACUGGGUGGGUUUAUAUUAUUAAAGGGACACUCCAGGCUCCCACACACGUUAGAUGCACUGUGUAGGUUAGGUUACAGUUAGUUAUACUGGGUGGGUUUAUAUUAUUAAAGGGACACUCCAGGCUCCCACACACGUUAGAUGCACUGUGUAGGUUAGGUUACAGUUAGUUAUACUGGGUGGGUUUAUAUUAUUAAAGGGACAAUCCAGGCUCCCACACACGUUAGAUGCACUGUGUAGGUUAGGUUACAGUUAGUUAUACUGGGUGGGUUUAUAUUAUUAAAGGGACACUCCAGGCUCCCACACACGUUAGGUGCACUGUGUAGGUUAGGUUAUAGUUAGUUAUACUGGGUGGGUUUAUAUUAUUAAAGGGACACUCCAGGCUCCCACACACGUUAGGUGCACUGUGUAGGUUAGGUUACAGUUAGUUAUACUGGGUGGGUUUAUAUUAUUAAAGGGACACUCCAGGCUCCCACACACGUUAGAUGCACUGUGUAGGUUAGGUUACAGUUAGUUAUACUGGGUGGGUUUAUAUUAUUAAAGGGACACUCCAGGCUCCCACAUGUUAGAUGCACUGUGUAGGUUAGGUUACAGUUAGCUAUAUUGGGUGGGUUUAUAUUAUCAAAGGUACAUGCCAGGCUCCCACAUACAGUAGGUGAACUUUGUAGGUUACAAUUAGUUAUACUGGGUGGGUUUAUAUUAUUAAAGGAACAUUUCAGAUUCCCACACAGGUUAGAAGCACUGUGUAGGUUAGGUUACAGUUAUACUGGGUGGGUUUGUAUUAUUAAAGGGACACUCCAGGCUCCCACACGUUAGAUGCACUGUGUAGGUUAGGUUACAGUCAGUUAUACUGGGUGGGUUUAUAUUAUUAAAGGGACAUUCCAGGCUCCCACACAUUAGAUGCACGGUGUAGGUUAGGUUAUAGUUAGUUAUACUGGGUGGGUUUAUAUUAUUAAAGGGACACUCCAGGCUCCCACACAUGUUAGAUGCACUGUGUAGGUUAGGUUACAGUUAGUUAUACUGGGUGGGUUUAUAUUAUUAAAGGGACAAUCCAUGCCCCCACACACGUUAGAUGCACUGUGUAGGUUAGGUUACAGUUAGUUAUACUGUGUGGGUUUAUAUUAUUAAAGGGACACUCCAGGCUCCCACACAUUAGAUGCACUGUGUAGGUUAGGUUAUAGUUAGUUAUACUGGGUGGGUUUAUAUUAUUAAAGGGACACUCCAGGCUCCCACACACGUUAGAUGCACUGUGUAGGGUAGGUUACAGUUAGUUAUACUGGGUGGGUGUAUAUUAUUAAAGGGACACUCCAGGCUCCCACACACGUUAGAUGCACUGUGUAGGUUAGGUUACAGUUAGUUAUACUGGGUGGGUUUAUAUUAUUAAAGGGACACUCCAGGCUCCCACACAGGUUAGAUGCACUGUGUAGGUUAGGUUACAGUUAGUUUUACUGGGUGGGUUUAUAUUAUUACAGGGACACUCCAGGCUCCCACAUAUGUUAGAUGCACUGUGUAGGUUAGGUUACAGUUAUACUGGGUGGGUUUAUAUUAUUAAAGGGACACUCCAGGCUCCCACACACGUUAGGUGCACUGUGUAGGUUAGGUUACAAUUAGUUAUACUGGGUGGGUUUAUAUUAUUAAAGGGACACUCCAGGCUCCCACACAUGUUAGAUGCACUGUGUAGGGUAGGUUACAGUUAGUUAUACUGGGUGGGUUUAUAUUAUUAAAGGGACACUCCAGGCUCCCACACAUGUUAGGUGCACUGUGUAGGUUAGGUUACAGUUAGUUAUACUGGGUAGGUUUAUAUUAUUAAAGGGACACUCCAGGCUCCCACACACGUUAGGUGCACUGUGUAGGUUAGGUUACAGUUAGUUAUACUGGGUGGGUUUAUAUUAUUAAAAGGACACUCCAGGCUCCCACACACGUUAGAUGCACUGUGUAGGUUAGGUUACAGUUAGUUAUACCGGGUGUGUUUAUAUUAUUAAAGGGACACUCCAGGCUCCCACACACGUUAGGUGCACUGUGUAGGUUAGGUUACAGUUAGUUAUACUGGGUGGGUUUAUAUUAUUAAAGGGACAUUUCAGGCUCCCACACGUUAGAUGCACUGUGUAGGUUAGGUUACAGUCAGUUAUACUGGGUGGGUUUAUAUUAUUAAAGGGACAUUCCAGGCUCCCACAUACAGUAGGUGAACUUUUUAGGUUACAAUUAGUUAUACUAGGUGGGUUUAUAUUAUUAAAGGGACACUCCAGACUCCCACACACGUUAGAUGCACUGUGUAGGUUAGGUUACAGUUAGUUAUACUGGGUGGGUUUAUAUUAUUAAAGGGACACUCCAGGCUUCCACACAUGUUAGAUGCACUGUGUAGGUUAGGUUACAGUUAGUUAUACUGGGUGGGUUUAUAUUAUUAAAGGGACACUCCAGGCUCCCACACACGUUAGAUGCACUGUGUAGGUUAGGUUACAGUUAGUUAUACUGGGUGGGUUUGUAUUAUUAAAGGGACACUCCAGACUCCCACACAUUAGAUGCACUGUGUAGGUUAGGUUACAGUUAGUUAUACUGGGUGGGUUUAUAUUAUUAAAGGGACAUUCCAGGCUCCCACAUACAGUAGGGUAACUUUGUAGGUUACAAUUAGUUAUACUGGGAGGGUUUAUAUUAUUUAUGGCUAAGUCAAUGUGUGUUUUACUAAAAUGGCUAUUUUUCACCCUCGAGAGAGCAUGUGAUUUGAAUUUUCUGUGAAGGUCAGUGAAGUAUUGACAGCUGCGAAUCGAAAGACUCUUUUUGUGAAUUAUGGGAAUAGUGUUAAUGGAUAUAGGAAAGCAAAGUAAAUAGUGAGAUUUUUCUACAGCAACUGAUGUCUACCAUCAAGUAAACAUGGACAGCUUAUCAAAUUGAAUGCAAUCUAUACGGUAAUAUGAAAGAAAUAGAAUGUUGCUACAGUAGGUGCCUUUAGUCUCUCAGAAUUUGCCGCUAUCCUGCUCAUGACUCAAUAUACAGACUUUCAAUGCAAUACUUUAGGAAAGAAACACAUUGGAGUUUUGGAAGUGCAUCCAUUCUUCCCAGUCCAUAAAAGCUAUGUCCUUUAAUGACUUUUGUCCAAGCACCAUAUCCAAACAUGUGCGGAUAUUCCUUAAAUAUUCACCACCCACCCACCAUGGGAUGUAGGGCAUUUGUUUCUUCGGAAAGCACGACCACUUACCUUCAUGAUAUUAUUAUGGCUCCAGCUAUGAUCUGAGCUUGAUCGCGAUCUGAUCUAUCUUACUACCAUCUUUGCUCCAUUACGUCUCUACGAAGUGCUAAUAAUUGUUAUUUUCCUCCCACCCCUUGCAGUCCUUCAUUGUGCUCCCAUUGCUGUAUGUUACAAUUUGCCCUCUCCCCAGCAACCUUCCAUAUCUAGUCUUCCCUUUCCCUUUAUCUACCUUAAUUGAGUCGUUAAUGUUAACAUGUCCCAUUCCAUUCUGUAACGUUCUACUGCAAAACAAAAAUAAUUUACUUUUAAAAAGAAACAUCUCAUGACCACAAAGUUCCACUACAAACAUAUUGUGCUUAAUACAUUUUGCCUUUGAGCGUCACUUUUUCCCUUUUAAUGAUGUCUUUCUCUCUCCUUCAGCCGUACCUGAUAUAUAAUUUAUUUAGGUUUGAGUAUUAUCCUACAUUUUCUUUGACUGUAGUCCAUCGCGACUUAUAGUCAGCACAGUCCUAAUUGCUCUCAUGCCCUCACCCUCCAUAUUCCAUAGUAUGUAUUAUUUAGUGUAGGUCAAUCUGACAAUGCAGAUGAGAGCCCUCUCUGUGUGGAUGAAAAGUUUACUUGAAUUCUGAGGAAAGAAUGUUCUAGUUCAUGAAAAGAAUCAGAGCUGUCGUGGCUUCAGGAUUUCUGUUACUCUAGAAGAGAUAUCCUUCAAAUGUCGCUAAUGAUCACAGAUAUUAUUUUUAUGAAUUAUUGAUACUCACUUACUAUAAUUAGAGACCUUGUACUGCACAAAGUAGCUUCUGGUUUUGUUUCUCCGAUGCUAAAAUCAGAUUGUCUUUUUCUGGAGACUUUGUCCUUUUAACCCAUAACUUGACCGAGUGAAGUAUAGACAGAAUUGUUGAGUUAGAUAAAGCCCAAUGGGUCUGGAUUGUUUAGACAGCAUAUGGCAUUAAAGUGAGAGUUAUAAUAUGGUAAAAGGGUCACUUUAAGCACCAUCACCACUUUGCAUAAUUGGCCAGUUGAUGCCGUAGACUCUUCUCUAAGCUCUCAGAGUAGCUUAGAACUGCAGCGAUUUGUGAAAAGAGCCAGAAUGCUUAGUUUAAGCUGCUCGAUUUCAGCGAAAUUUCGCACUCUCAACUUGGGUGGAACUUUGUCUACUUCCCCCGUCCCCCCGAAAGAGAUAACCAAUCUGUGCAGUGCUCUGUCACUCACUGCACACAGCCCUGUUUACUAAAACUGCCUUAUGGGCAUAAAACGUGCAGUCCCCUAACAGUUUUUCCACAAUUUCCUGUUUAGGUAAUACACCAACUGGUUUUUCAAGAGAACAUUCCUGUGAUUUCAUCAGCCUUUUAAAUGAUCCCCCUUUUCCAAAAUUAAAGUUCUGUCUAUUCUUGGUCUUCAUUAACUAACACACCCAUCUCUGUUUUCAGUGUACCUACACUUUCAUAUUGUCUCACGUUGGGAUUUCCACCAGUCGUAAAUAAACAGAGGUAGUGAAGGAGAUACAGGGAGCCAAGUGGAAAAUAUACAAAACAGAUAUGUUGUACAUUUCUGUAUAACGCAAUUUUUUUACAAUUUGUUCUACCAAUCACAGAACAGAUUACAAUUUGAUAUGCAACCACGUGCUAGCAGUCAUGUCCACUUUCAAAAUUAGUUCAAUUUGGAAUUUCUCUUAAUUUAAAUGGAAAUUUAUACGCAUUGAAUGGGAAAUUUGAUGCAGAGUUGUUAUUUAUCGAUAUUCUCCAGCUAUGCUAACAGAAUUGUAUUUUGAUUCUUAAUAGAUCCUAAUUUUGAAAACAAGCUUUUCAAAUAGUCUUUUGAGAUAUGAUUAAGUCAUUAGUUAUCAUUAUCUUACACGUCGGACGUUCAAUCAGUUUACUUCCAAAACCAUUCCUUUCCGUGUUGAACUGGGAAUGUGAAUCUCAGUGUCUCAUUGACCACAUUAGUGGCCUCUUUGAUUUUAGUUUCCAGACAGAUAUACUAAUGGAUGUAAAUCGGGAUGCCUUCUCUGAAUUGGUCUUUUAAAUCCCAGCUUCUGUGUAGUGGAUUAAAUAGAGUGCAUUGUCAAUCAUUGUUCUGUUAAUUCACAAUGUGGAAGCCUCUUCUAAGGCGCACGGGAGGGGAGUGCGAAGUGAUAACUAUUAUUCUGUAAUGUUCAUGUCUUAAUCUUGAAGUCAUUUAGUUUGAAAGGAUGCAUGAAGACAGAGGCCCUUCUAAGCAAGCUAUGCCAUUAUGAAAGGUUAAUGUUUUAAGUGACCCAUCGUGCAAAUACAAACAUUGCAAAGAAUGAAAUCCACCGACAUGUACGAGCCAAGUUGACAGGAAAUGUACAGAUAGAUGUUGAUUCCUUGGUGAGACUGAAAAUCUAGAUUUAUUGGCUCAAAAUCUAGAUGCACAAAUAUGGCCGCCAUAGCUGUCAACGUUUAUUGCUGACCAUGACUCCCCACAUUGCUUAGUGCUCAUCCUUGUGGAACUGAACAUAGUCAGACAGUACUGUGUUCAAAAAAGACCUACCUGAAAAGACUGCUAAACUAUAAAUUUGCAAAAUCUUUAAUAAAAACAUUUGUUUCUUUUCUUAAUAAUCCUCAUUUACCUGUAUGCUAGCCGAUUAAUCUUCUGAUUGUUUAGUUUUGGCUAAAGAAUUGGAAGGAGUAAUUCAUCGUACAUCAUGUUUUAGUGAUGUAGUCAAGUGGCCAAAUUUAGCACAUUCAAGGUGGACCCUGUAGAGGUGCUUAUAGAUUUCCUGAACUGUCUCUCCCACCAAAUAGGUACUGCACUCAAGUUCUAAAAAAAACAGAGGAAAGGCUCUGUUAAAAAGGUAAUCAUGCUGAUUUAGAUAUACUUCGUAUGGAACUCAAUAAUUUUGGCUUCAGAGAAAAACUCAAAGGUUGUAUAUUUCAUACUUCCAAUAACUUCAUAUGAUAUAUACCUCAUACCUCCAAUACUUGAUUUAUUGUAUACUUCAUAACUUCAGUAUCUUAAAUGGCUUGUAUGCUUCGUAAAUGCUGUAGCCCAACAGCCUGUAUAACUUGAUACCUUCUAUAGCCCCAUAGUUUGUGUAGCUUCAUAACUUCAUAGCUCCUGUAGCUCCAUACUUUGUAUUCCUACAUAUCUUGUAUUACUUCCAGAACUUCAUACCAUGUAUUCCUUCAUAACUUCAUAGCUUGCUUCAUUGCAUCCAUAUGUAUUUUUAGAAUCGUUUAAUCAUAUAGAAGGCAAACAAGAUCAACCCAAAAGAAAAUAUCUGCUGAGAAAAUUGCAUGUCUCCCAACAACUCUGGAUUAUUUUGUCUGAUGUGUUAUAGGUAGGAUUAUAGGUUGGGUUAUGGGUUGGAUUAUGGGUUGGAUUAUGGGUUGGGUUAUAGGUUGGGUUAUAGGUUGGAUUAUGGGUUGGAUUAUGGGUUGGAUUAUGGGUUGGGUUAUGGGUUGGGUUAUGGGUUGGGUUAUGGGUUGGGUUAUGGGUUGGAUUAUAGGUUUGAUUAUGGGUUGGAUUAUGGGUUGGGUUAUGGGUUAGAUUAUGGGUUGGGUUAUGGGUUGGAUUAUAGGUUUGAUUAUGGGUUGGGUUAUCGGUUGGAUUAUGGGUUGGAUUAUGGGUUGGAUUAUGGGUUGGGUUAUGGGUUGGAUUAUUGGUUGGAUUAUGGGUUGGAUUAUGGGUUGGAUUAUGGGUUGGGUUAUAGGUUGGAUUAUAGGUUGGGUUAUGGGUUGGAUUAUUGGUUGGGUUAUUGGUUGGAUUAUGGGUUGGAUUAUGGGUUGGGUUAUAGGUUGGAUUAUGGGUUGGGUUAUCGGUUGGAUUAUGGGUUGGAUUAUGGGUUGGAUUAUGGGUUGGGUUAUGGGUUGGAUUAUUGGUUGGAUUAUGGGUUGGAUUAUGGGUUGGAUUAUGGGUUGGGUUAUAGGUUGGAUUAUAGGUUGGGUUAUGGGUUGGAUUAUUGGUUGGGUUAUUGGUUGGAUUAUGGGUUGGAUUAUGGGUUGGGUUAUAGGUUGGAUUAUGGGUUGGGUUAUCGGUUUGAUUAUGGGUUGGGUUAUAGGUUGGAUUAUGGGUUGGGUUAUAGGUUGGAUUAUAGGUUGGGUUAUAGGUUGAAUUAUGGGUUGGGUUAUAGGUUGGAUUAUAGGUUGGAUUAUGGGUUGGAUUAUGGGUUGGGUUAUCGGUUUGAUUAUGGAUUGGAUUAUAGGUUGGAUUAUGGGUUGGGUUAUAGGUUGGAUUAUAGGUUGGAUUAUGGGUUGGGUUAUGGGUUGGGUUAUCGGUUGGAUUAUGGGUUGGGUUAUAGGUUGGAUUAUGGGUUGGGUUAUAGGUUGGAUUAUGGGUUGGAUUAUGGCUUGGGUUAUGGGUUGGAUUAUGGGUUGGAUUAUGGGUUGGGUUAUAGGUUGAAUUAUGGGUUGGAUUAUAGGUUGGAUUAUGGGUUGGAUUAUGGGUUGGGGGUUAUAGGUUGGAUAUAGGUUGGGGGUUGGAUUAUGGGUUGGGUUAUCGGUUGGAUUAUAGGUUGGGUUAUAGGUUGGAUUAUGGGUUGGAUUAUGGGUUGGGUUAUCGGUUGGAUUAUAGGUUGGGUUAUAGGUUGAAUUAUGGGUUGGGUUAUCGGUUGGAUUAUGGGUUGGAUGGGUUGGGUUAUCGGUUUGAUUAUGGGUUGGAUUAUGGUUUGGGAAUUAUGGGUUUGGAUUAUGGGAUUAUGGGGAUUAUGGGUUGGGUUAUAGGUUGGAUUAUGGGUUGGAUUAUGGGUUGGGUUAUCGGUUGGAUUAUAGGUUGGGUUAUAGGUUGGAUUAUGGGUUGGAUUAUGGGUUGGGUUAUCGGUUGGAUUAUAGGUUGGGUUAUAGGUUGAAUUAUGGGUUGGGUUAUGGGUUGGGUUAUCGGUUGGAUUAUGGGUUGAGUUAUAGGUUGAAUUAUGGGUUGGGUUAUCUGUUUGAUUAUGGGUUGGAUUGUAGGUUAGAUUGGUGGUUGGUUUAUAGGUUAGAUUAGUGGUUGGAUUAAAGGUUGGAUUAGGGGCAAUAUUAGGGGAAAAUGUAUACAUGUUGGGUAUCAUCUUAAUUGAGAACAGUAGUAGAAUGCAAUUAUGGGGUGUUUGCAGUAGUGCAACACAUAUGGUCUGUGAAUUUCCUCUAAAUAAAUCAUUACGUGAAAUAACAAAAAUAAAUAGAGUGACAUUAUGACAGAAAAGAGAAACAGAGGGAUUUGAGCAAAAAAUAGGGACUGUUCUUCCUAAAUAGGGACACUUGGGAGAUAUAGAACCCUAUACAGUGGUAUCUCGGUUUAUGAAUUGAAUGCGUUCUCUGGGACUUUUCUUAUUGGGAAAAAUUUGUAAACCGAAACGUGUUUUCCCAUAGGAAUGCAUUGAAAACCAAUUAAUCUGUUCUGGAGGUCAGAAAAAAGUCAAAAUGAGCUGGCAUGGAAAUCAACCCACAAUGCAGAACACAUAGUAAAAGGCAUGCAAACGACAAAGCUCAGCUCCCUACCUUUCUUGAGAAAUGCACCAAAAAAGUUCCAAAAAGCCCCAAAACCACAGCAAAAAAAUUCCAAAAAGGUGCCAAAACUCGAUGCAAAACCCCUCCAACACCUCCACAGUCGAUGCCCCAUGCUACCCACAGACUCCAGAAUGCACGGAGGCUGCGCUAUAAACCUCCCAGGUGCAAUGUAUCCUGGGGUAACAUGCUUCCUAUUGCGAAAAAAAAUUGUAAACCGAGGCAUUAUUUUCAAUGGAUUUUCAUUUGUAAACCGAAAAUAACCGAGGCGUUUGUAAACCGAGGUACCACUGUAUUUCGAGAAUAGCUCGUUAAAAAAAAACAGAGAGACUGCACCGAAAAAUUCUCUUCAUCCUAAAAACUUCAAUAUGCUCUCUUGGUUAUAGUGCUUAGAUUGGCCCUUUGAAUAAUGGAUUUUAUUACUGCAGAACUGAAUUCUGAAAUGCAUAUGAAAAGUGCUUCCCAAUUAGCAUGUUGAACAUGUCAUGCGUGGCCCAGGAAUAUCGUGUUGAAUCUGGCAAAAUUAUAUCUGGCAUAGUCUACAUUCAGAGUACCCCUGCUGUGAGCAAGAUUCUGGUUGUGCUGAAUGGAAUUGGAAUACAUUGUGGUGAUGAAAUAGAUGUACUUCUGUUGUUCUGUUAACAAACAAAGUUAAAAUAAUCACAAUACAGGCAAUUUUGUUCAUAUUUCAAUUUGGUUCCUGUCAAAAAAAAUUCUGAAAACACAAUAGCAGUUAUAUCCUUGGGAAUAUGCUAUUUUCCUGUUUAAAAAAGUCAUUUUACAUUUUGAGUUAAUUUUUUUCAUAAAGUAAAAAAUCUGCAGUGACAUGAACAAUUCCUGUUAUAGAGGACAUUAGCACCCUCGAGACUUUUUGGGUAGGACAACCCAAAGCCAAAUUUUAAGCAAGUGGAAAGUGAUAAGGAAAAUGUGGAAGCUUUAUCGGUAGAUCUUUACUUGGGGCAAAAGAAGGAAAAUCAAUUAUUGGUUGGGAUAUAUUAUAAACAUGUAACAUGUUUACUAUUGAGGCUUUAAUUAUCCGGGUAUUUAUUGGGAUAGAGGGACUAGUAGCUCAGCAAGGGGAAUCAGGUUUUUGAAUGUGUUAAAUGACACCUUCAUGUCAUAACUGGUACAAGGACCAGAACUAGAAUGGAUGCUUGUCUGGAUCUCGUUAUAACAAACAAUGUUGAUUUUUUGACAAACAUUCAAGUAAGGGGAGCAUUUGGGAAAUAGUGAUCACAAUGUGAUGUCUUUUGAAAUAAACAGAAAACUUAAAUGUACAUGGGGUAUACUAAAACAUAUAAUUUUAUAAAGGCCAAUUUCAAUAAGAUUAUGGCAGCUUUACAACAUAUUGACUGGUAUAAACACUUUAGUAAAAAUAAACCAACUGAAGAUAAAUGGAGUAUCUUCAAACAAAUAUUAGAAACAUACAUUUCUCAGUAUGUACCAUUGGGUAAUAAAUAUAAACGAAACAAAUUAAAACCAAUGUGGCUUAGUGGGGAGGUAAACCAAGAGAUUAAAGGUAAGAAAAGGGCAUUUAAAGCUUUUAAAUCGGACAAAUCAGAGGCAUCCUAUAUAAGAUAUAAGGAAGCCAAUAAUGCUUGCAAAAAGGCAAUUAAAGUGGCUAAACUAGAAAAUGAAAAAUUGAUAGCUAAAGUGAACAAAAACUAUUUCCCAAAAAUCUUUUAUGUAUAUACAUUCUAAAAAAACAAUAUGAAAGUGUAGGUACACUGAAAACAGAGAUGGGUGUGUUAGUUAAUGAAGACCAAGAAUAGACAGAACUUUAAUUUUUUUCCCUCAGUACAUAUUAAGGAGGAUCCUAUGGCAAGAGAUAUGCAAAUGAUUGCUGCAAAAAACUUGCUGAAAAAUUGCAACUGGAUGACUCAAGACAAGGUGCUGCAGCAACUAAAGAAAGUUAAUGUAAACAAAGCUCUGGGGCCUGACGGUAUUCACCCAUGAGUACUUCUUUUCUUUUUUAGGAAUUCUACCAGGGGAUUGGAGGAAGGCAGAUGUGGUUUCUAUAUUCAUAUGGGUUCAAAGUGUUCACCUGGAAAUUAUAGACAUGUGAGCUUAAUUCUGUGGCUGGGAAAAUAUUUGAAGGGGUAUAGAGGAAAAAUAUUUAGGAAUUCAUUGUAAAGAACAUUGUUAUUAGCAAAAAUCAGCAUGGUUUUAUGAAACAUAAACAUGUUAAACUAACUAGAUUGCAUUCCACUAAGAAGUAAGUAUAGAUCAGGGUGUUGCAGUGGAUGUGACCUACUUGGAUUUUGCUAAAGCGAUGAAAAUAAAUUAAGCUAGAUGAAGAUUAUUUUUCUUGGGUAGAACAUUGGCUUAAGGAUAGAGUACAGAGAGUUGUCAUUAAUGGUAAAUUUUCAAGCUGGACAGAGGUGGAAAGAGUUUGAAACUGCUUUUUUUUUUUUUACAUCUCUUUGAGCAACAGCAAAAAAACAAAUAUGAUGAAGGCUGAACUUGAUGGAUGCAUGUCUCUUUCCAGCCUAUGUAACUAUGCAGCGCUAUAGAGUCAGUAAUACUCCCAGAAAUAACCAACAGUUUUUCUUACAUUUUUCCAGUGCCGAGGCUCCAUCUCCUGCAACGUAACGGAGAAAGCUUUCCCUACUGCAGUGUGGGCCAAUCCAAUGCUCCUCAUAGCCGGGCUUUGGGGAUUUAAUGUGCAAUGCACAGUGAGUGCCACAUUCAAGCUUCCCCAUAGGAUCAAUGCUUUCCUGUGGGGACUUCCGCAUAGAUUGUAAGCUCAUUGAGCAGGGCCCUCCACCUCUCUGUUCCUGUACGUCCAGUUGUCUGGUUACAAUUACAUGUCUGUUAGUCCACCCAUUGUACAGCGCUACGGAAUCUGAUGGCACUAUAUAAAUAAUAAAAUAAUAAUAAUGAUCAUGUGACUGAGUUUGUCAGUGCAGUGCAAAAGGUGGAUUUCACUAAGCAAUGUAAACAUUACAGUUUCUAAAAAACUGCAACGCUUUCCAUUGUAGGAAGCUGCACCCAGACCACUUCAGUGAAAUAGUGUCCCUUUAAUGACCAUUGGAUUGAUACUAAACACCUCCUGUUAUUUAAAUGUGCAUAGGAAUUGGGGAUAGUGCUCAAGUAUCUUUUUUGAUUUUGUUCUGUUUAUUUUGGUUGAUGAAUUCUAUGUAUUUUGGUUGAAAAGCACUAUAACCACUGCUGCCGCCCAGGCAUACUCGUAGUGUGAGCACGGUCUUCAUUUUGUGAUGAUGGGCCCAUUACUUGCUCUUUCAGAGACCUCAUUCUAAACAGAAGUUUGGUGCAGUGCAUACGGCUCCUGGCCUGCUAAAUGUACCUGGUUAUGAAACCAUUACUGUUAUCGAGUGAUGACGCAGAUAAAAUUGCUGUAAGGGGCAAAACUAAUAUUCUUACAUUUUUCAUUUUAGCAAGCAAAAUCUUAAAAUAUGUGCAAUCCAUGGAAUGUUGAGUGUCCUUGGCCCCUGGAUGUUUUUAUGUAUGUCCAAAAUAUUUCUAAACUUGUUCUGCGACAUCUCCUAAAAAUCACUAUUUUUUUUUUGUUUCUGUUAAUAUUUUUGUUGUUUGUGACAUUUUCCUAUUUUAUUUGAGUACCUGUCAAAAACAGGUUAAAUGAGUCCUGGGAGCUGUAGUCCUUACAAAGGCUUUCCCCGCCGAAUCCCUCACAAGCUGGAACAAGGUGCUAAGCAAUGAUUUUAUAGCCCUUCCCUGUUGUACAUAGAUCUUGGAGUACAACUGGUUUAUUGCAUCCAAACACAGCCUUUUAUGCACAGACCCCAGCAGGGGGUCUCCAUUGUCUUCACCCCAAGCCCCUCCCAGGAAUCUCUGGGCCUGGGAGAUAGUUGCGUUAAAGACCGGUAAGCUAAUUAUCUCCCAGUAACAGAGAGGCCAACACAAAAAUAUAAAAACAUAAAAAUAUCCCAAAACAUAAUAAAAACAUAAAAUAAUCCUACAAAUAAUACAUCAUUAAAUAGCCCUGAUCUGAGCACCCAAGUUCUCCAAAUGGCGCUCAGGUCCAUGCAGUGUUGGAGAAACGCCACCGUGGUAAAGUUCUGACCAGCCGCACACGUGGUCCUAUGCCCAAAAUAGUUCCAGGGCGUUUGGUGCUUUUGCCGGUCAAGCUCCUGUGGAUGUAAUAUGGGGUGCUUCGCCUGGCUCUUAGGUAGCAUUCAUUCUCUUUGGUCUCAGGCACCUUCCCUCCAAAAAGCGCACUCCUGGCGGAUUUCAAAGUGGUUCAACACCACAAACCAAGUUGUCCGGGAACCGCACGGUCACUUCAUGCCGAAAACAGUUCCAUAACAUUCGUGGCCAAGUCCCACUGAGGUGAUCGGGAACCCACAAAGUCCUCAUAGUUACAUAGUUACAUAGCUGAAAAGAGACUAGCGUCCAUCAAGUUCAGCCUUCCUCACAAAUGUUGUUGCUGUUGAUCCAAAAGAAGGCAAAAAACCUGGUGUGAAGCGCUCCCAAUUUUGCCACAAACUAGGAAAAAUUCCUUCUUGACCCCAAAAUAGCAGUCAGGUGUCUCCUUGGAUCAAGCAGCUAUUACCCCACUAAUUAGAAAUUAUAUCCCUGUAUGCUAUGUUUUUGUAAGUAUUUAUCCAAUUUCAGUUUAAACAUCUGUAUGGACUCUGACAAAACCACCUCUUCAGGCAGAGAAUUCCAUAUCCUUAUUGUUCUUACUGUAAAAAAACCUUUUCUUUGCCUUAGAUGAAAUCUCCUUUCUUCCAGCCUAAAUGUGUGACCUCAUGUCCUAUGUAUAGCCCUGUUUAUGAAUAGAUUUCCAGAUAAAGGUUUGUUCUGGCCCCGAAUAUAUUUGUAUAAAGUUAUCAUAUCCCCUCUCAGGCACCGUUUUUCCAAACUAAACAGAUUUCAUUUUUUUAACCUCAUGCCGAAUUUAGUUCCCCAGUGGUUGCGGAUAAGUACCGCUGGGACUAUUUGUGGUUGAUGCGAGAGCCAACGUUUGGUUCUAUUCGCAUGAAGGGAAAUUGCCAAACCAGGGGUACCCAGGGAAAGCUACUAAUGGUGGAUGGGCAACUCCCAAACGGUGUCCGAGACCUGGACUAUAGUUGGUGGGCAGAAAUCCGGCUUCUACACCCUUCCAGGAGUCUGUGGCAAAUGUAGGAAGUAGCGUUUGUCACACAUAGUAAGAUCGAUACAUUCCCAUUAUAUGAGAUGAGAUCAGUUCUUGCUCUAUCAUAGAACGCAUUCGUGUCCCUUGUUUUGUGCAGUGUGUAAGGCUUCAGAUCUUCUAUAUGUUCAGGAUAUUUUGAUAAUGAUAUUGUGACUUAAAGGGCAAAAUAACAUUUCUUACUUUUUACGUUCACAGAGAAAUUGUUAAAAUAUGUAAAAUGCAGACAAUUUUUUUUGAAACAUUGACUGGAGAAACCACCUGCAUGUUAUUGUGCAUGUUCUAAAUAUUUCAGAACUUAUAGAACACAGAAGUUUAGCUGAGGUCUCUUCGGUAGAAAAUAAUUAUAAGAUUGUGUGAAUCUCUGACAUACAAUACAUAUUUUAUGUCAAUUCCGUGAAUUCUGUCAGAUUGUAUGAAGUAGCUCCCUCAAGCUUUCACCUGCAGCAAUCCAAGAUAGAAAAGUGUUUCUUUAAAACCAACAUUAUUCCUUCUAAAUAUUAUAACAUUUCGGACUGAAUUCAUAUCCCCUCUUUGCUCUACAUAGACAUUUCUCAGGACUCCUAGACAAUUCGGAGCUGUGUACAGGGCUUGAGUAGUAAAUGUGCAGAGUAGGACUAAGUAGACCUUAGCCAGGUUUGUGCAGAAUGAGAGCAUCUAAUGACUCUAUACUUUGCAUGGAAUUUGCUUAUGGUGUCCGCAGAUGCAGUACGCGUAUAGCUAGCCUGGGACAGCAGGAGAGGAGCUCAAAUUCGGGAUUGUCUUGCAGAACCUGGGACUGUGUGUCUAACACAUCCAUCUGUCACGCUAUCUAUAAUCAAACACACUAAUCUUUAAUUAAACUAUAAUUUUGAUAUAGAGAAGAUGAAAUGUGUAAAACCUUAAUUUUUAAUAAUUUUAUCCUUUUUAUAAUGUGUAUUUGUAUUACUAUGAUUUGCUACGUGUUAUAAUUCUGGAUUACUUGCCUUGUUCUUUAUCCCUUCCUACAAACCCUCCAAGUGUGAUAUUGCCAAGACAAUCACUUUAACUCAGGCUUUGCCUAACUAUUGUUUUGAUAUGGUUAAAAAUGUUUUCAUGUAGACUAAACAUUCGUGUUGAAAUAACAUAGACAACAAUCUAUACAUUGAAGGAAAGUCCCUGUGUUAAAAAACAAACAAAAAAGAACAGUGGCGUACACAUGACCUAUGGGGCCCCGGUGCAAAAAUUGAUCCGUGGGCCCCCCCGCACUUACUCUGCGCGGGGCGGGGCCGGAACACAUGGUGGCUGGCACCUGGUCACAGGGCUGCGACCGCGGUAUGUAUGCCAGUGCAUGCAGGUGCACACACUUAAAGGACCACUACAGACACCCAGAUCACAACAGCUCAAUGAAGUGGUCUGGGAGCCAGGUCCCUCUAGUUUUAACCCUGCAGCUGAAAACAUAGCAGUUUCAGAGAAACUGCUAUGUUUCACUGAGGGUUAAUCCGGCCUCUAGUGGCUGUCUCAUUGACAGCCGCUAGAGGAGCUUCCGCGAUUCUAAGACACUGAACGUCUAUAGGAAGGCAUUGAGUAAUGCUUUCCUAUGGGCGAUUUGAAUGCACAAGCGGCUCUUGCCGCGCAUGCGCAUUCGGAGCUGAGAGGCGGAGGGAUCCCCAGCGCCAACGGAGUCCGGCGCUGGAGAAAUGUAAGUGCUGAAGACACACACACACUCUCACGAACAGACGCAUACACACUAGCUAACAGACACACACAUUUACUGACAGAGACACACUCAGCAACAGACAUACACACACUCACUAACAGACAUCAAACAGACUCACUAACAGACACACACAAACACACUCACUAGCAGACACACAGUAACACACUCACUGACACUCACUAGCAGACACACACACACUCACACACUAACACUAGCAGACACACACACACUCACACACUAACACUAACACACACACACACACUAACACUGACACACACACUAACACACACACUAACACACACACUAACACACACACACACUAACACACACACACUAACACACACGCACACUAACACUCACACACUAGCACUCACAUACUAGCACACACUAACACUAACACACACACACACACACUAACACACACACUAACACUCACACACUAACACACACACACACACUAACACACACACACCAACACUAACACUAACACACACACUCAACACUCACACACCAACACACACUAACACUAACACUACACACACACACCAACACUCACACACCAACACACACCAACACACACUAACACUAACACACACUAACACUCACACACUAACACACACUAACACUCACACACUAACACUCACACACUAACACACACUAACACUAACACACACACACUCUAGCACUAACACACACACUAACACUCACACACUAACACACACACACACACACACACUAACACACACAUGCUAACACACACACACUAACACACACACACUCUAACACUAACACACACACUAACACUCACACACUAACACACACACACUAACACUAACACACACACUAACACUCACACACUAACACACACACACUAACACUAACACACACAUUUUUUUUUUAGAAUUUAAUCCCCCCUGCCUCCCUACAUUUGGGAGUGCUGAGGGGAUUCAUUGGGGUCCAGUGGUGUCAUCGCGCGCCGCGUAGGGAUCUGAUCUGUGCGGUGCGCGAGGGAGCUGAAGAGGAAGCACUCAGGGGAGAGUGCUCCCUCGUGCACCCGCCAGCCUGCACGCCGGAUGACACCACCAGGGCCAGCCUUGGGGGGCCCUGAGGUGGCCGGCUCCUGGGCCCCCCAGGAGAAGAGGCUGGCCACAGUGGGUACAUACCAGGUCGCAGUGGUAUGUACGCCACUGAAAAAGAAUAAAAGAAAAAAAAUAUCAGCCAGUCCUGUUGUCAGUAGCCUAAUGUUUUUGCAUUUUUCAUGUUAACACAAAUUGUUAAAACAGAUAAAACGCAAGCUAAACCUUGAGACACUGUAAUAUGCUUAUGAAACAGAGAUAUGUGCUCAUCGAUGAUAUCACAAGUUCAGCCGAUCUCACUGAGGAAUCUCUGUGCCAAAUGGUGUUUCUGUCUAAGAGCAUAGGACCAUCAGUUGAUGAUACUUCGCAAAUCAAUAUCCCCAGACAUUUGAGACAGGAAGAGAAGGGGAGUUGGUUUGCUGAAAUCAUUAAAGCUUGUUUUAGAGGACUGGAAAAUUUGACUUUUUAUUUAUUUGUCCUUUAUGUGAUCUUGAGCAGGACACAUUAUCCCCUUAGAGCUUCCUAACAUCUCGUGUAUGUUCUCUGGGAUUGGAACGAUCCCAGUAUUCUUAUAUACAGUAUCACUUAUCUGUUGAUCCCUGUAUAGGUCUUAUAUUCAAAGUAUAAUUUACCGUUGCACUUUUAAAAUGAAGUGCGGCCAACGUCCCUGGAUUUCCAGGGACAGUACCUAGUUGUGCCUUUCUGUUCCGAUAGCCUCUUUUCUGGCAUUUGGCCUAGUUUUUCAAGCCGAGAUUCUCUUUUAUGGGCAAACAGAAUAGAUUGUUCUCAAACCUGUAUAUUAAUCAUGCUUCUAAGUGAGUUAACUAAUUGUGAACUGUGUUUUGGAAUGUGUUCACUAAACAGUUAUCUGUAGUAAAUUGGUAAACCAAUUACAACAUGCAGAAUGAAAAAGAAUUGUAAAAAUUAUUUGAGAAUUUUUCCAGAUCAGCAUUUUUAGCCCAAAUUUUUUAACUGGGUAAUCAAUUUUCCGAUUUUUUUGUUUGUUUUGUUUUUAAAUGUCGUCUGUAAGAUUUUAUAUUCUUUUGUUUUCGUAAGGCUGUGCAAAUGCCAAGCACUCAAGAGGCUUGUUAGCCAUCCUUGAAAUUGUGGAGAAUUUACAGAUUUUAAAUGGUGCAUCAGGGUUAUUCAAUAAACCCCCCGCAGCCCUAUCGCACCCCAAAUUACAAGGAAUUCAAAUCUGAAUUGCAAAAUGUAAAAGCUAUAAGUUGAGCUGAUACAGAUACAUUUUCCAAAUUUGCUAUUUUAGCCUCGCUUUUGCAUUUCAGAUUUUAAUUUGCAACAAUCCCGAUCUUAAUGAAUAAACCUCUAAAGUGUGAAUCGUCAGGAAUUUGAAUUUCCAAUUUUAUGAAAAUAGCUAAAUUUGCUAAGUUGCUGUGCUGUCAAAUGAGCUACUUUGACUUAAAUGUAACAUUCCCAGCAAUUCACAAUUAAGAGAAUAAUCCUACAAGAGUGUGAGAUUUAUUUUUGAACUAUUCCUAUUUGGCCCUAAAAUGAUCACCUCCACACACCUUGUGGUUUGGUAAAUACAGCAGAAACGCUCACCUACCAUGACAGUAACAAAUUGAUAUAAUGUGUGAUACAAUCACUCAGAACAGCACCUCAUAGUAAUAUCCCUCUUGCUACCUAUAAAUCUCUAUAGAGAUUGAAUGAGUAAAUAGCAAAUACUCUGGCAUGAUUCCACCGAUCCAUCGUUCCGGUUUGUAGAGUUUAUCAUUUCGCACUCUUGAUCCGAGAGGAAGAUGAUAGGAUCUGGAUUGUGUACUUUGAUGUUGUAUUUCCCAAAAGAAUUGCAACCUUUUGUUUUUCUUUCCUUUGCUAUGAUCUCCUCUUCGCUAUCCUCUGAAGCAGCAGUUAUAAAAUGGCUUCCCCUCUUCUUAUCGGGUUUUCCUGAAACAUUGCUUGGCAGCAAUUGCCAAAGAUAAUUUAACAUGUGCCAAGUCAGGUUGAAUUUCGUCCCUUUCAGGCAUCUGAUAACGGCCUAUUUAUAGAGCGUCAACUCAGAUCACCAGGGUCGUCAUAAAUGAAUAGAAUCUCAGUUAUCACUUAUAUUCUGUCAAAUCUCACUUUAUUAAAGGGGAAAACAUAGGGUUCGCGUUUGUCUUUUUUUGUUUCACAUUUAAAAAUUGCCUUUAGGAUUUAAAAGUUUCCUUACAAAAAACCAGGAUGGUGUUUGUGAAAUUCGUGGCUGUCUACCAGCAUCGCUUUUAUGCCUCAGACAUACACUGAUCAGCCACAACAUUAAAACCACGUGCCUAAUAUCAUGUAGGUGCCCCCCGUGCUGCCAAAACAUCUCUGAUGCAUCGAGGCACGGACUCCACAAUCUCUUUGUCCUGUGGUAUCUGGCACCAAGACAUUAGCAGCAGAUCCUUUAAGUCCUGCAAAUUGUGGGAUGGGGCCUCAUGGAUCCGAUUUGUUGUUCCAGCACAGACCACAGAUGCUCAAUCGAAAUAAGAUCCAGAGAAUGUGGAGACCAAGGAAGCACCUUGAACACACUGUCAUGUUCCUCAAACCAUUCCUGAACAAUUUUGCAGUGUGGCAGGGUGCGUUAUCCUGCUGAAAGAGGGUACACCAUUGCCAUGGAGGGAUGCAACAAUUUCUAGGUAGGUGGUACAUGUCAAAGUAACAUCCACAUGAAUGCCAGGACUAUAGGUUUCCCAGCAGAAAAUUUCCCAAAACAUAGCACUGCCCCCGACGGCCUGCCUUCUUUGCAUCCUGCUGCCAUCUCUUUCACAGGUGAAUGUUUUUCCCACAUGUAACCAGAUAAAGACCUGGUCUAAAAGAAAAGGAGGAAGUGUGUUACUACAAAAGUGCUUAAGUAAAAUAAUAUAAAAAGAAACCAGCAGCUCUAUACACUUCUGUGGAAUACCCCCCUCCCCACACACAUCAAUAAACACAAAAACAAAUAGGGGUACAAGUAAAACCUAUACCUUUAAUAAAGUGCCGCAAGAAAAAGGGGCGACUUACCCCACGUAAUUGUGAUAGAACCGUGUGCGUGAAAGUCAUAAAAUUCGAGUUUCUUUUUUUGAGAAAAAUGUAUCACUCCCAUUUAAAAGAGCACUGUAUUGGCUCUGUAAGAAAGGCUUGUACACUCUUAAGGCAGCAUCACACAACUCCUCCUCUCUGAUAUUCGCUCAGGCAUGAAAAAAACAGAGAUGUCCAAGGUGUAGUACAAUCAAAUAAAAUACCAUAAAGAAAUUGUAACGGACCAUUUUGCACAAAAGGGGUAAAAACCGUUUAGGCGAUCGGCCCCCUUUCCAGAGAUGCAGGCACAGCUACUGCAGAACACCAAACACACGAACCACCAAUAAGUGAAUGCUCCAAACUCCCGAACGGCAUCCAAUAUAGCACUCCAAACAGACGAACAGGAACCAUACGAAUUGCUGCUAGCAGACGAAUAGGAAAAGCAUCCAAGCGGCUUACACUCCUAGCAAUCAGUCUCUAUCAGCGUUCAGUAAAUCCCCCCAAAGACAAGACAAGGCUCCGUGUUGACGGUCAAGCAGUGGUCUGUUUAAUGAGGGCUACCUGCCCAGUAUUUAUGCAGGUCUCCCACCUGGUGGACACUCCCCUAGGGGACCAAAUGGGAGACUGUGACAAGGGACAGACAAGCAGACAAAUAGGACACACAGUCAAUGGAGCCAAAGUCUUUAAUUCCACAAACAGGCUCCAUGGCAGGCUAUCUGGGUACUUGCACACUGAAUACAAUUGCAGCACUAAAAGUCCCGAAUGUUCCGUUGUUCGGUUCCCGAACGGGUUUGCAGACUUCCAGCCUCAGCGGGGCUUGUAAGACAAAAGUGUCCGCUUUUGGUGUCCUGCCGCUGGGUAGAACAAGCGCUGGCUACCCAGGGAGCUUCCAUAACACCGCCAUCGUGUGGCGGCUAGGUGUAACCGCGACCACCCAGUAAUUGUCAAUUAAGCUGCGGUUAACCGCAGCUUCAGGGAGGUUAAUUGCCGGCACACUCCAGCUCCCAGGUGGUCUAUUCAUUCGUGCGGGUGUUCGGUAGGUUGAAUCUACCGAACAACUGGCAGAAAAGCACGAAUACAGCUUUUCUGCAGGCGAAACAAAGUCUUUUAACAUGGGGGCCAUAGUCCAAAGGCAGCAGGCGAGCAACCAGGCUUCUCCAAUGCAAUGUGGCGAGAUUGGUCUCGUCACAGAAAUAAAAUAGGUAUUAAGCUCACAUUGUUCAGAGCUUUAAAAUCCUGGCUUUAAGGGUAACAUGUAUAAUGCCAGUAUGGAGAGGAUGGCACCACCCCAAUGAAGAUUAUUGAGGCUUCGGAGGACUUGUAAAGUGCUAUUAAAUAUAUUAUGCAAAAAAAGUAUUAAAACGGGUAAAAAAUCAUAACAAUUAGCAAAUAGAAUUAAUACGUAUGGAAAGAAAAGUCCUGAAAAAUGGCUGUAUUCAGGACUCUAAAUCUAAAUAUUUUUUUUUUGUAUGCAUUCACAGUUAACGGGGAAAUUUAGACAACUUAUAGUGGACAUAAAAGAAUUAAAAAGGCAGCAGUCUACUUUUUGAUAGAUUUUAAUUUUUUUUAAACACCCCAGUUUGAUUGUUUUUAUAACCCAAUAACACACAAAAGUUUGUUUACUCGUCCUUCAAAGUAGAACACAGAUUUCACGUGCAGAUAUGAGCUAAACUGACCCGUCUUCCCUGUCCUGUUUGAAAUACUGGUCUAAUUUUGAUUCUUUACGUGAGCCCUAAGGAACACUCCAGGCACCCACAUUUGAUACGUAAUGAGGUUGCAUUCCAAAAUUCUCCAAUUCAGAAAUAUUUUCAUCAAGACUAUCAUAACCUUUCAAUGGUAUUUUUGGCACAAUCUACAGUUUACUGAAUAAAUCCUUCUAUGCUGGUUUGAAUUCAGUUAAAUUGUGCGUUAACAUUUUUUUUUAAAGGGACAAUAACCAAUCGGUAGCGGUUCUGUGGCUAACUAUCCUCUAGUUCUCACUUGCUGACACCAGCCCCAUGGCUACAUUGGCAAUGCAGAAUACAACCUUACAUAUUUUACAUGUAAAUUUUAUCUGGAUGGAACGGAAUAACUUGCGAGCGCAAGGCUAACUUAUUCCCAUUUCCCCCACUCUCAGCCAGAACAUUGUUAUUUAUUUAAUUAAUUAUUUCUCUAUCUCUUUUAAAAUGUUUUGACAAAAAAGAAAAGGGUUGAGAUAACCUGAGCUGCAGUGGUUAUGGUGUUUAGAGUGUCAUUUUAAUUUUAACAUUGCAAAUGUUCCUUUGUGACUUUCCCUUUAAGUCAGUGUAACGCCUGAGUUUGAAGAUACCAUCAUUCGGUUUCCUUUCUCCCUGUGGAAAGGUCUGAGCAGAGUAACAAUAUGGGAUUUCAGCAGAUAAUGCCCGUCCCUGCUUUCUCUCAGUGACAGAUCAUACAAUGUGCUUGUGUUUUCUCUUGCUAUCUGGAGUGUAGGUGAGGAAAUGAUGGGGCCUGAAGCUUUAUUGGAUAUCUAUUCUAGACUACGCCUUGAGCUUAUCCAUAACCACUGACCAGAAGAAUAUAGGUUACAAUAUUGUGUGAAUGAAAAAAUGCAGGGCUAGACAUUCGUCAGUUUAAAGCUCCAGUUGCACUCCCACUCCCAGCAGCUUCAGCCAUCACUUGGCAACGCUCGUGCAGGAUGUGCAUAAUAUGAGUUGUUGUUCAGCUAGCCAUGCAACAGAACCUUCCUAAGCUGGCGGUGUUAACAUGUAUAAGGGGUUAGGCCCCCCGCACCGAUGUUCCCUACAAACUGGAAUUGAAAAUGACUAUUUUUUACUGAAUAAAAUAUUAUUUUAAGAGGUGGAGGUGUCGCGAUUGGGGGUUAGGGGCUGGUCAUCCCUAUUACUAUUUGGACUCCAUACACAUUUGUUGGGAAAUGUAUUCUUUAUGACUGGCACCCAAUUUUUCUUACUGUUAGACCAAAAGAUUGGGUAAAGGAUACAAGAGCACUGGUCUCAGUGGAUAGAAUUAAUGGCGGGCCCUCUGGCUGACCCAUUUCAUAUUUUUAAGAGUUAUUAAAUUUCUACCUGUGUAUCCGCCAGUGGGAGGUACAUUUUCUCCUCCAUAGCUUUUUGGGAGGAAGACGGCGAUGUCAAGUAGUUUUAACCUUGAUUUAUAUAUUCAUUACUCGGCAGUGAAUGAUUUCAUUUUUCCUUCAUGUCUACUAGUUCUUGAUAUAAAUCCACUUAUCCGCUGUAGUGUAUAUAGGGGUAAAUGCCUCUUGUGCAUCUGACAGUUUGUCAGUAUGGAGAGCAAGCUCUUGGAAUUACACAGUUGUUACACGUCUGGUGAAAGUUACUAAUUACACGUGUCAUGGCCAGCUCGCCUGCGUGUCACUUUACAGAGGAGAACAUUUCACCUAUACAUUAUGGCAGCUAAAUUGUUAGCAAAUGUAUAGAUAGAAUGAAACGUAUCACUAUACAUUUUGUUUACAUCUGUGCGCUACGUCCCUCCCCCAUCUAUUCCAAGAUCUAUGGGUAACUGUAUCUUACCUCUGUGUGUUUGUAUAUACACAUACUGGUUAUACAUUUACAGGGCUUUUCUCAAAAAACAAUGUUAGGCCUUCAUAUAAGCGUACAAUCCCCAUCAGUUUAUUAGUGUGUUUUUCUAUAGUGAAAGAAUUGUGAAUGUCAGUUUUACUUUAACAUUUAAAAAAAAAAAACUGUCUAAAAGUAUGCAAUGCCAGUAGCCAAUCACGAUUACCUAAGUUGUGCUGAUUACCUCUCAGCAUUCCACUGUAUAGGGAAGAGAAUUUGGUUAAAGCUCACUGUGCCUCCUAGAGGUUAUUUAUUCAAUGAACAGAUUAUUAACACAAGGUUUGGGUUUUGUUAAGUGCUAUAUAAUGGUGCCAACAACAGUCCUGAUGACAGGCUCACUUUAAAAAUGGGCUUGUUGGUCUUCCGAGCCAUCCUCUUGCUGAGUUCUCUUGAGACGAUUGAUCAUUGUCAGAAUCUCACCUCGGACCCCUGUUUAAAUAAAUUAGUGACAAGCAAAAUUUGGAAUGUCCGCAUCCCCUGAUCCCCAGCCACAUGUCAUUCUGCAUUGGUGGUGUUCCAUGAUGUGACACAGAACAAAAUUCCCUUCCUGCGUCUAAUUGAAGUGACUCAUGCUUUUACCACGGUGUUCUGAAAAACAAAUGUAGCGCAUAUUGGUAUGAAAAGCUGCAAUCACCUCUUACAGCUAAAUGGCUUAUGCCUCGCUUGCUCUCGCUUCCUGUGGAGGCUGGAGAUAUGCAUUAAAUUAGCAGUUUAUUUGAUACAUUUGCUACAAUGUAAAGUGAAUGCAAAAGUAGAUGAAGUGACACGAACGCUCUGAUUAUCAUUCGGUCGCCUACCUGCUCUGUAUUUAACAUCCUUUAUAGCACUGAUCUGGUAUUAAAUAUAUAUUUAUAAAAAAGUUAGAGCUUACAAGCAGAUCAAUGUCAUAAAAUAUCCCUAGAUUUGUCAGGAGGGCCCAAGUAGAAGAGUUAUCUGAGUAAACAUUUGUGUUACGUGACCUUUUACUACAUUCUCUGUGUAGAAGGAAGCUGUGGGGAGGGGUUAGCCUGUGUAUGUUAUAAAUGUGUUAGCUUGCUGUGAGUGCUGUGUGUGAUGUGUGUUUUUACUGUGUGUAAUGGCUGUGUGUGAAGUGUGUGGUUAGCUGUGCGUGUGAAGUGGAUGUGUGGUAUGUAUGUGUGUGGGGGUAGCGGCUGGCUGUGUAUGUUUAUUCGUGUAUGUGUUUUGCUGUGUUUAUUAUGCUUGUUUCGGCUGUGUGUGAUUUGUGGGCAUCUCCCUACACUGCCAAUCCCAGCCUGGAGGGGAAUACAAUUUACUAAAAAAUGUCUCUCCAAAAAGUCAGGUUUUGGAUAUCCCUGUCUAUAUGUUUGCAAAUUAGAGCAGAUAUUGUAAAAUAUUUGAUGAAAAUAAGCAGCGAAUCAAAGAGCAGAGGUAAACGCAUCCUGGGUUACAUUCCAUUAAACAGGUAAUCUAGAUAUGUAUAACCCUGGGAAUUGUAAAAUCAUUGCUAGGUGAAUAGCCCAUUCCAUAUUGUAAUCACCCAGGAGGGCUAAUCAAAUGACACAAUUACUGCUCUUCAGAGAAACCUCAGUUUGUCUUCAAUAUAUUAUUAACGUAAUCAUCUGUGUUUACGAAAACUGUAACUACUACUUACUAGUAUGAAAAAUCACAUUGACUUCCGAUAACCUUCAAAUUCAGUCCGUCAUCCCUGGUUACUUAGACUGAAGUAAAAAAAAUUCAAAACACCUUUUCUCCCAAUGCAGAAAUUUUUGCAGAUAUGAAGAUAGAUAGCUCUACUAUAUGACCUUCAAAUUGACCUUCAAGAUCUUAAUAGAUGUUCGGUGACAGUAACUUCAGCAAGAGCUAAGUAAGGAUAAAACAAUCCUUUAAUGAUCCACAUGGGUCCUAUAAAGGCGUAAUUAAACAACCAGCAUCAUAAGAGACUUUACAUCUGGUCUCGAUUGUUUCAUGUGCUGUCAUAACCAUCUCUCGGUUGUGCUGUACGAAAAUCAAUCUGACAUUCUUGUUCUGACAUAUAGAAGCAUAUCGAGAUUACAUGUGAUAUACGGACAGGCAAGUUAUUGAAAACCAUGCCAAUCCUAAAAAGUACAGUGAUUGUUUUUUAUGCAAGAUGAGCUUUGCUCUCCUAAAUGCAAACAUUGAUCUAUCUCCCUUAGUUACAGAACUCUCUAUAUUAGCUAGAUUCCAACUUGUAUGUUACUUAGGUAUCUAAAAGUUGUUUUUCCAUAUCCUAAGGUAGGGUUUUUAUCUUUUAUGAUUACACCAAUGUGCAGAAAAUCAAGAACAUCUCCACUCAUUCGUUUUAUUGUUUUAAUGCAUUGUUUUUGAACACUAAAUGCUUCCUAGGUCUGUUUGUUCAUCCUGCCCCUCCUCAGAUGGUCUAUAUUUAAAUUUCUCACUGUCUGAAAUCCAUAUUCGCUCGAUAGGUAAAAGAGAAGAAGUGAAGGUACUUUGGUUCUGUGGCAGAAAACUCUUAGAUUGGCAAGAAUCCCACUAAUGUAAAAAUAAAACAAAUAUCCAAAAAUACACCAGUCUAUUCUUCUUGGGAUUUCUACUCAGUGACUUUGAUUUGAAUCGUUUCAUCCUGUCAUUCUAGAAAUUCCUGUUAAUUGCUUCCGCGAAGCCUUACCUUUGUCAUCAGUGGUUGUUUCUGGUCUCUGUAAAAAGCUCUAUAAAUAAGCCAAGGUCCUUAUAGAUUAUGACAAUGAAAGGUCCUAUUAAAAUGAGGAGAUGCCCCUGAAAUUCAAGGCCCUGUUUAUUUCUCAACAAGGUUUUAAUCUGUUUGGGUCCUUCACCUUAAUUAAUAAAUCACAGUCAUUAAGUGAAUCUAUGGAAUCAGACAUGGUUUUUUAAAUUUAUUUAUUUUUUCACUGUAUUCAACGCGUGAUUCAAAGCAAUAAUAAGUUGACCCUAAUUAACAAAUUUUUAGAAUUACAUUUUGAAACUUAUUAUCACAGGGUAUAUAAUAAUCCCUUGGAACAAAAUGAUAAUCAAUAUUGUAACCAUAAAUAAAAUAAUAUUUUUUUCUUCAAACUUAUUGUAUUUGAUGAUUUAGAUCAGGGGUAGGCAACCUUCGGCACUCCAGAUGUUUUGCACUACAUCUCCCAAAUGCUCUUACAGGCCACAACGCUGGCAAAGCAUCAUGGCAGAUGUUGUCUGCAAAAUCUGGAGUGCCGAAGGUUGAUUACCCCUGCUUUAGAUAAUUAAUCAGUUCACUUCUAAGUACUUAAAGGGAUACUGUAAGUAUCAUCACUGCUAUAGCUUCCCUGAAUCUUCUUUACCCCAGUGCUGACUGUUUCUCAUUGUACGGCACAGUAGGUGCUAACGCCUUGGAAAUGCUUCCUUGACAUGCCAGACAGAAGUGGGUGGAUACUUUGGAUUCUGGAAAAUGAAAUUGAAAAUGGUUUCUUUAAAACCAGAGUGACUACACUCAUAGCAUGAUGAGCACUACAAUAAGCUGUAGUGGGUAUGGUGCUUUACGUGUCCCAUUAGGGAAUGAUUUACUGUAUGCCCCAUAAUCACUAGGCAUAUAUGGUUACAGAUUUGCCUAAAAUAUCUUGAGACAUUUUGAAUUUACAUAUGAUGCCAGACUAUGCCAGAACACAGCUGUUUGGGAUGUGUCUUUCUCUGCAAAGUUGCAAUUCCUUUUUAAUUCACGCCAUCUGCAGAGUCAAUGUCAGCCAUAACUGUGCUAUACAAAAAUUAACAUUUAUCUGUCUAUUUACUGGUUGUUUUAAACAGACUGACCUGUACAAGUGUGAGAUACAUAUAUCAUAACGUUUAUAUUAAUUUUACUAAAAGGAACCAGAGAAAAGGAGAUGAUAAUUAUUCAGAUUGUUCCUUUUUGUCUAACGGCUUUUUUGAUCAAGACAAAAUGCGGAAAUUAGAUAGCUUACGUGGCAAUUGCUCCUAAGAUGCAUGUAGUCCCAUAAUAGUAUCAGGCUUGCCUUGCUCGAUGUAGAGUGUUGUCCUCUAAACUGCCCAAUAUUCACUUAUUGGAAAUCCAUACAAGCCAGAAUGCUUCAACUCUUAAAUGCCAUGGCUGACGUUCCCUUAAUGUGGAACUUCCAUAUUUGAGUUUCAGGGUUUUUACGUCAGUCUCAGGGUCAUCAGUCUAUUGCUGUUUCCUUUGUACAUUACACAGACUUACGGUCAGUGAAGACUCUCAGGCCUUUCCCUUUACAUGCAUCCCUCACCAAAUUGUUGCUUAAGGAAAAGGUACAUCAUAAACAUUUCCACCACGAUUGGAAGAUACAAAACAAUUUUUGUCAUGCUCAUGAUUUUUAGCGUAGCCUAUGAUAUCUCUCAGAAAAAUGUCAUUUAGUCUAUAACUCUCUCUAGCUACCUCCUUGGUUUUGCACCCCUCCCUGUCACAGGUGCCUUAUCCCAGGGCCCUAUUCAACCUUGUACUGCAGAGAACUCCAGAUUAAUUAUUUAAUUGAGCAGACAUUAGGCUGUUAGAGUAGAACCUGCCAAAGAUGGGGUACAUUGACUUUGUGGCAGGCUUAUGCAAUCUAUGAUCAUAUAUUGUAACUAAACCCCCAUUUUUUUUUGUCUAGAUUAGGUAUUUUUUUUAAAAACGAACAAAAUCUGUCAGCACCAAAGUUGCCGUUUAGUGGAUAAGGAAGUGCGAUGGAUCUUCUAUUGUAUUGUCUAACUCUCUCUUUAACUCGGCACCCUGGCCUAUCUAAAGGGCUUUUAUGCUACUCCGUGAUUGCAUAGGAAAUUCCAUGAGGCUCACGGCAAUAGGCGUAUUUUCCUUUGAUAUUGGUCAAUUAAAUUAAGAGGGCAGGAGUCACCAGUACAUGAGCAAAGUUUCUUUAGGAGAGGAUGCUUACAUUUUAUAGUCCAUGGACAAACUUAUAAUUAGUUUAAUUGAUAAUGGAGUUGAGUAUUUAGAAAUCCUUCUAUGACUACAAAGGGCCACUCCUGGCCACUUUGGUGAUUGUGUAGCCUGUUCCAUCUUGCCCUGAAAACUUAGGAUCUUGUGUUGAGGGAGAUGGAGAGAGAGUAGGUGGUACCUCAGGUCACUUCCUCAAUCUAGAUUAGGAGACCACGCAACCAGCAUUCGACCUGGAGCCACUGGGUCAAACCAAGCAACAUAACAGAUGUGCAAAUCAAAUUAUGAAAUUUAUGAUUGAAAUAUAUUUUGGAUAAACAUAGUUUUUUUCUCUUCAGUGCUAAAUGUUUUAAAGAAACACAGCAGGCGAUUUAAAAAGUAAUAGUAACGAUAUGUCCAAGAAUUAUGAGGUCAUUGUGCUCUGAAUGCCUUCAGUGUGACAAUGUUUUGGCAGUUUACUUUAAAUAUGUGCUUUCCACCUUGUUUUGCAGAUUUGAAGAAAGACGACUUGCUAUAUCUCAUUCUAGUUUAUUUAAUAAAAAAAUGAAAAAAGUUUUUUUUUGCAUGCUUUAAUUAUUUCAGUUUAAAAAGGGCAAAAUGAUUCAGGCUCUACUUUCUUCAUAGCAAGAAUGAAAUAUUAAGGAUGUUGCUAUGGAUUUUAAAUUUAUCUAAAGCAUCAAGCUUUUAAUGGCAAUGUUCUUAGCGAUCUCACAUCUUCGGUUUAUUGGCUUGUUUGUAAAGUCAACGCUGAGUUGCUGUGAUCUCAUUUUCUUCCAAACAAUGAUUUGGAAACUGUUACUAUGGCUUCCUAAGAAAAUUCUGCAGGUUUUGUGAUUAAGGUUGCCACCUUUUCAUAAAGAAAAAAAAUUACAGGCCAGUGAGUUAUUUUUGACUCUUCUUUGCCACAACAUAUUCACACAAUAUUGAAAGAAUUCUAUCCUUAAAGAUGCCUAGAAUGUAGAGAAAUAGCAUUUGUUAUAGUCCCAUGUCCAUCAUCUUACCAUCUAUUGUUCCCAAGACAAAGAGCCGUUGUGGUAUUAAUUUGUAUUUUUAGUUCUCAGGUUGUGGUAUCCCAGCUAAAAGGAAAGGGACUGACUUAAAGGAACACUAUAGCAUUAGAAAUACAAAUUAAUAACAAUUGUUUUACUUACUCCCUCUGCAUGUCUCACCUCUCAAUGAGGAAGCAUGGCCUCCUCCAGCCAUGGUCCAAAUCCAACGCUUCUCAUAGAGGAGCACUCGGGAUCUGAUGCGCAUGUCUGGUGAGUGUUACGUGCAUCCAAGCUUCCUCGUAGGAAAACAUUGAGUCAUUAUUUUCUAUGAGUUUCCGAGUCACGUACCGACUAGUGCAAUGGAAACACAUCUAAUGAUUGUCAGGAAGAGAGCCACUAGAGGUGGAUUUAACAAUGCAUUGUGAAUGUUUAUAAAAAAAACUGCAUGGUUUUAAAUUGUAGGGUUAAAGCUAAAAGACCACUAUACCCAGGUCUCUUAAUUGAGAAUACGUAGCAUGGGUACUAAAACCCUCCUGUUAUUUAAAUGUGCAUAUUGAUUUGGGAUUGUGUGCAAGUAACUCGUUUGCCUUUGUUCUAUGUAUUUUGGUUGAUGAAUUCUAUGCGUUUUUGUUGAUGGAUACUGUAGUCAAUGCUGCCGCCCAGGUGAACUGGGAGUAUGAGUGCAGGGCUUCAUUUUGUUAGAACCUGGUCAGUACUUCCUCUUUCAGAGACCUCAUUCCAAACAGCAAUCUGGCGCAGUGCAUACGGCUGCAGACCUACUUUAUAUACCUGGUUAUGAAACCAUUAAUGUUAUUGAGUGGUGACGCAGGUAAAAUUGCUGUAAGGGGAAAACCUAAUUUUCCUAAAUUUUUCAUGUUAAGAAAUCUUAAAAUAUGUUUAUUAUUUUAAAUGUUUAGCGUCCAGGCUCCCUGCAUAUUCAAAAUAUUUUGAAACUUGUUCUAUGACAUUUCCUAAAAAAUGUGAAUUGUGAAGCUGCAUUCUUAGUGAGCUGUCCAGGAGGUGGGAGAGUCUGAGGGGGAGGGUCUGCUGCUGAUUGGCUGGAAUGUGUCUGCUGACUGUGAGGUACAGGGUCAAAGCUUACUCAAUGAUGAGUCCGUGGCGAACCGUUCGUGGCGAACCGUUCGCGAACCGUUCGGGACAUCACUAAUGAUAGAUACAACCAAGGCACUUGCUUAUGCACUCAUUUCCCAUCUCAAUGACCAUAUCCCAGAUUGUCCCCAAUGACUGCCAAUGGUAAGCUUUCCUUGUCUACCGCUGUUCUAACAUCUCAUUCUUUACUCUGUUCUUCCAUAUCUGAAAAGAUUCUACAACGCCAGUACCUGGACACAAAGCUCUCCCCAGCUGUGUAUUGUUAUGGCCUAAUUGUAUUUCCGUUUAAAGUCCUUUGGUUUAUAAAGGUCUCUGUGUGGUGAUAUCCCCACUCCCUCUAGCAUGUAAGCUCAUCGAGCAGGGCCCUCAACCCCCUCUGUUCCUGUACGUCCAGUGGUCUGAUCUCAAUUAUGUGUCUGUUAGUCCACCCAUUGUACAGCGCUACGGAAUUUGUUGGCGCUAUAUAAAUAAUAAAAUAAUAAUAAUAAUAUCUAUAAUGUGAUGAUAUAAUGCAUUAAUAAUACAAUAUGUAUUAAUCCAUAAUAUAAUGCAUUAAUAGUGAUAAUCGUGCAAUAUUACGUAACAAAUCCCAGGUAACUGAUAUGGGGAAGAGUCAUGUAACGUAUAGACAAUGCUAAAUACUUUGAGUCAAAUCCAUUGUUUCCAGUUGUGUUGUGUAUAUUGUACUGAUUACCGUCCUGCUGCUUGUUGUUCGUCAUAAAUUUCCGAAGAAGAAAACACUGAAGUGAUAGUUUUCAUCACAGAGUAAUCAGACAGAGGUCACACUAUUAUCAAAUACAAAAUAGAAGUGUAAUGGAAAAAAACCCCAAAAAAGAUACACAUUUUUUUUUAAUGACUAUCUUUCUUAGUCUACGAUUACAUGCACAAAGUUGCAAAAAUAGAUAUCAGAGUUCUCCGGGACAAGUUGUGAAAGCCACCAGUAUAAUAUAUUUAGAAUAUGUGUAUAGCUCUCCUGAAAGAUACAUUGAUCUGUAAUGUUCCGACUCACAACGAAAACAUUAUUUUCCCAUAAUAAUAGAUUUUCAUUGCAUUUGUUUGUGCACGUAAAGAUAAAGUAAUAUAUUUCUCUGCAACAAAACAAAAAUAGUACAAAUAUCUAGCAGUUUACAGAAAAAAUAUCAUAAUGGUAAUUAAUACAAGUUCUGUGCCAGAGGUGAAAUGUUGCCGUUGAAAGAUUAAAGUUUAUUUUAUCUAGGAAUCCGUAAACGAGGCUGGAUUUGAAUAUAUUACAAUAUGUACCAUCUGGACAAUUUUGUGAGCUAUCUCAGUGAUAAAACUUUGUAUAAAUAGUAUAAAAAGCUUGUCAAUGUUUUUAGAAAAAAAACCUUUAGCUGGAGAAACCUGCUUUGAAAUAGUGCAGUGUUAUUGUUAGGAAAAAAAAACCCAAAAAAGGAAAACAUUGCAUAGUCUUUGCGAUAUACAAAUAAUCUGUGCAUUGAAAUUACGGAGGGUUCAUUUAAUAUAUAGGAAAUUUCAUAUAUAUAUACAUUUGAGAUGAGUGAGAAAAGUUGGUGUCUACAUAAGUGCUUACCCUUUUUAUAUAUAUAUAGUUAAUACAAUGUUAAACAAAAAUCUGAACAUCAGUCAAGCCAGAAUCCUUUGCGGUUGUAACAUCACUGCAGAUUUGGGAUUUCUGUGGGAAAAGCAAGUCUCAGGGCUUGACUGGUGUACAGAUUGGUGUUUAACAUUGUAUUAAUUAUCCACAGACUUCAGGUGGAAGGGGUUUUCAAUCACAAUUUUUCCCCACCAUAACCUAUUUGGAUUUUGCUUCCCAAGCACUACCAAGCCUCAAUAAGCAAACCAGUAACCAACCUAAUGCUGAUGAGUUGCAUUAACAACGAAACAGCUGUCCAUGAGUGGUUCACUGGUUUUGCAUCUUAUCCUAAAACAGUGAUGGCGAACCUAUGGCACCCUGUGGGCACGCGGCCAUAGGUUGCCGGAGGGAGGGGGGGUGCGCUCCGCCGGCGCAUCCAUAAGGCGGCACAAGUGGCCGCCUUAGGGUGCACUGGCCCGGCGGGCGCAAAGCCGGAGUGACCGGCAGGAGGUGAGCGCAUAGCGCACAGCGCUCCCUCCUGCCAGGCACUCUGUGUAGCGUGGCCGAGCGCGCCGCGGUACCCGGGCGGACGGAAAUGAAGUGCUCACAGAGAGAGCACUUCCUGUCCGCCGGGUACAGGAAACUGAGCUCCGUGCUCGGCCACGCUACAAGGUAGGAGAUCCAGGACAAGUGGGGAGAGGGGUAGGGGGAAUGAAAACUAAGGGAGGGAUGGAGGGGGGAAACUGAGGGAAGGGAGGGGAGAAGGAAACCAAGGGAGGUAUGGGGGGAACUGAGGAAACUGAGGGAGAGAUGGAUGGGGGGAACUGAGGGAGAGAUGGAUGGGGGGAACUGAGGGAGAGAUGGGGGGGAAACUGAGGGAGAGAUGGGGGAAACUGAGGGAGAGAUGGGGAGGGAAAACUGAGGGAGAGAUGGGGGGAGAAAACUGAGUGUGGGAUGGGAGAAAAAAAAUGAGGGAGGGAUGGGAGGAAAGAAAACAGUGGGGAGGGGAGAGGGGGGACGACAUACACACAGCACCCCUGCCCUACACAUAUCACCCCACACACACACACACACAUCACCCCACACAAACACACACACACAUCACCCCACACAAACACACACACCACCCCCCCCCCACACACAUCACCCUACACACAAACACAUCACCCCACACACAAACACAUACACUGUACUCCUUAAUGCAGUGUGUGUACACUCAGCAGUCUGUCUGUGUGUGUACACUCAGCAGUCUGUGUACUCAGCAGCCUGUCUGUGUGUGUACACUCAGCAGCCUGUCUGUGUGUGUACACUCAGCAGUCUGUGUGUGUACUCAGCAGUCUGUGUGUGUACUCAGCAGUCUGUGUGUGUACUCAGCAGUAUGUGUGUGUACUCAGCAGUGUGUGUGUAUUUAGCAGUCUGUGUGCGUGUGUGUACUCAACAGUGUGUGUUUACUCACAGUCUGUGUGUGUAUUUAGCAGUCUGUGUGUGUGUAUUUAGCAGUCUGUGUGUGUGUAUUUAGGAGUCUCUGUGUGUGUGUGUGUGUGUGUGUACUCAGCAGUCUGUGUGUGUGUAUUUAGGAGUCUGUGUGUGUGUGUGUACUCAGCAGUCUGUGUGUGUGUGUACUCAGCAGUCUGUGUGUAUGUGUGUGUGUGUAUUUAGCGGUCUGUGUGUGUGUACUCAGCAGUCUCUGUGUGUGUGUGUACUCGGCAGUCUGUGUGUGUGUGUGUAUUUAGCAGUCUGUGUGUGUAUUCAGCAGACUGUGUACUCAGCAGUCUGUGUCUGUAUUCAGCAGUCUGCUAAAUACAGACAGACUGCUAAGUACACAGACAGACUGCUAAAUACACACAGACAGACUGCUAAAUACACACCAACAGACUGCUAAAUACACACAGACAGACUGUCGAGCACACACACAAACUGCUUAAUACACACACAGAGAUGUUAAUUAGUUCGGACAGCUGUAUGAGUUGUUUUUUCUAAACUUAAACCUCAGUAUUCAGGUUUAAUUGCCGUUUUGGCACUUUGAGGGAAAAAAAUUGGCAUGUAUUACGGUUUGGGCACUCGGGCUCAAAAAGGUUCGCCAUCACUGUCCUAAAACAUACCCAGUUUAAAUGAAUAACCCAAAAUACAUUGUAAUGAGUUGAUGGCUAAUUUUCAAAAUGUAGGCUAAAAGGUUUGAAAAUGUUUUUACAGAUUUUUUUAAUUUAGAUUCAGCUAAUUUGAGAUAUGUUGGAAUGUUAUCUCCAACUCACCUUAACCCCUUAAGGACCAAACUUCUGAAAUAAAAGGGAAUCAUGACAUGUCACACAUGUCAUGUGUCCUUAAGGGGUCAAAGGACCACUAUAGUGCCAGGAAAACAUACUCGUUUUCCUGGCUCUAUAGGGUCCUUGGGUCCACCUCACCCUCAGGGACCCCCUCCCGCCGGGCUCUAGGGUGAGGAAGGGGUUAGUCCCUUACUUUUUCCCAGCGCCGGGCUCCCUCGGCGCUGGGGACUCUCCUCCUCCUUUCCCCGUCAUCGGCUGAAUGCGCAUGUGCGGCACGAAAAUCACAGUGAGAAGUGCGGAAGCCCCUCAAUGAGACAGCCACUAGAGGCUGGAUUAACCCAAAUGUAAACAUAGCAGUGUCUCUGAAACUGCUAUGUUUACAGCAGAAAGGGUUAAUCCUAGAUGGACCUGGCACCCAGACCACUUCAUUAAGCUGAAGUGGUCUGGGUGCCUAUAGUGAUCCUUUAACAUACUGUUUGUAAAUAAAAUCUCAUUGGACAUUGAUCAUUUGUAAGAUUUCCAGUAACAUGCAUGUUAAAUUGUAUUAAAUAGUCUGAGUCAUGAAUUAUAAAGAAAACACCUGACUUGCAAUUUUUUCUUAAUUAAAAGCCUAUUCUCUUCUUGUUUUCCAGCAGUUUCAAAUGCUAUAAGUAAGAAUUAGUACAGAAGGAGCAGGAUGAAAAUAUGGCAGUCCUGUUGUUACCACCAGGUCCUGAUAGCUUCCGCCGGUUCACCCCCGAAUCCUUGGCUGCCAUCGAGAAGCGCAUUGCCGAGGAGCAGGCCAGAAGUGCCAAACAGGAGUACAGAGAAGAUGACAACAACGAAGAACCAAAACCAACGCCGCAUCCUGAUCUGGAGGCCGGCAAACAGCUGCCUCGUAUCUACGGGGACUUUCCUUCAAACCUCAUUGGACAACCCCUUGAGGAUAUCGACCCUUUCUACAGAAAUAAGAAGGUACAAUACAACUGUCAGUGCAGGGUGGGAUGGGCCAUAGCAGGGGCGUUGAGUUGCAAUGUCCCAUUAUAUACGAUUUUUCUCAGAGCUGCAUUGAGUUUGCCAUGGCCUUAAGUAGAAUGCCAGAUUGUUCUGUGAGUGUUGUGUAUGUUUGUGUUGGGGGGAGUGUUGUUUGUGUGUGAACGCAUGUGUAGUGGCUGAAUGUUGUGUGUAGAGGAGGCUGAGAGCUGUAUGUGAGGGGAGUCUGAGUGUGCCUGUAUAUGCUGGUUGAUUGUUGCGUGUGGAGGUGUCUAAGGGUUGUGUAUGUGUGUCUAGAGGCGUCUGAGUGUGCCAUAGUGUUUUGCAUGUGUAGUGCUUGUGUAUGUUUUGCCCUCCUCCUGAUGGUCUGGUGGGGAAGUAUUGUUGUCUGCACCAAUAUCAAGGUAGAUCACUUUAGGAGCUCCCUCUCUGUCUCGGCCCUCAGUCAAUGACCCAGACUGCUGGAUGCGGCACUCUGGAUGAUUGAAGAAACAUUGGAGGGCUAUGAUGAGGUCACAAAGUGAUCUGCACCCGGCAGAGCUGGAGCAUCAGGCUCAGCCAGGGGAUGUGUGAGCCCGGGCCUUAGGCAGCCACCUGGGCCUUAUAGAUAAUCCAGUCCUGAUUCACCCACAAUAAAUACCAUAGCAACAAUGUGUCAGGGAUUAAAGACAUGAUUGAUAUAUUUUGUUUGGAAUUACAAUUUUAAAAAAUCCCCCUACCUGGCCUAAUUAAUUCACUGCAAUGUUUUCUGUUGUUUUUUUCUAGACCUUCAUAGUGCUAAACAAAGGAAAGACAAUCUUCCGAUUUAGUGCCACACCUGCUUUGUAUAUAAUUAGUCCUUUCAAUCCUAUUCGAAGAGCUUCAAUCAAAGUUUUGGUACAUUCAUAUCCUUUUAUGUUGAAUUGUGCUUAAGCGUAUAAUGCUGUCUUUGCUAUAAUCUCAGCUCUGAAACGUACGGAAGGCAUCAAAAUUAGCG